AUGGAAAGUUCUAGUGUGGCCACGAAUAUCCCUCUCUAUUUGGAAAGGCGAGCUGUUUGGUGUGAAAUAGGGAAGGGGGCAGCCUUUCAGAGUCAGAAAUCCCAUCGGAUGCAGGCAGACAAGCACAGUGAAGUUCCCAGAAUACUUAUUUCAUACUGAACUGUGGAAGGGACACUCAGAAACAGCACAUAAUACAAUCGACGUUGUCUGGGUCCACUGAAGAGCUGUCUGCCCCCACAGAAAAGGUGGAAAUUGCCCAGUAAAAAUAGUCUUUUUACUGACUCCAUCCCACAGGCUCCCUCACUGUUGACUUCCCUCAUUGUUCUUUGGUUUCCAUGGCUACCACAUCUAGUCAGCAGCCUCUCUUCCCACAUUGUCUACUACACAACAGCUGAGGGAAACAAAAGUGGGUGCUCCCUAGACCUGGGUCAAGAGACAAGGCCUCACAGUUGCUGGCUGUGGUACCUGCACAUGCUUGUCUUUUGAAUGCACCGCCUGGAUUUGGAAAAGCAUUUUUCUGGUGAUGCUUCUAUUUUUCCUUCUGAGAUUUCGGCAAUAUUGCACUUUCUCUCUUAACUACGGCAAUCUUCAGUACAACAGUAACCAAGUAGACUUUUCCUUUUACCUUACUUUUCAGGUCAUGCUUAAAUAGAAAUGGUGAUAAUAAUAAUAAUAACAUUGUGGUAGCUUUCAUAAGGGCCCAAUUCAAAAUGGUGUCAGGGCUAGGAUUAUCAUAGUUGUUGAGGUAUUUUUUGGAGGGGGGGUCAAAGUUGUCAAGCUUUUUAAAGUUUUGCCCCAAGUUGUUGAGACAUUUUUGAGGUAUUUUUAAGAAAGUUCGCCAAAAUCUACAAUACUAACAUGGCAGUUGCCUUACCUCCAGAUUUCCCAGGACAUUUUCAGUGAUUUCCGCCCGAACGCAGCUUCUGACGGCCAAAUCCCAGCUAUCUAGACAUAUGACAACCCUAGUCAGGGCAGGAUAUCUAAGGGGACUUUCUUGUCCCAUAAGAAAUUGCUUAGUUAUUGCAAACUUCUAUUAUUUAUUUACUUAUUGCCUGCUAUCCACCCUAAGCCCCCAGUGCAGAUUACAGCAAUUAAAAAGCAAUAUUAAAUAUUAAAAUUAAAAUAUUAAAAACAGGUUUGUUUGUUUUUUAAAAAAACCUUACAAUCGCAGAAAUAAGGUUGGGCCAAAGCUAAAGAAAUGCACCUCUAGAGAGGCAUUCUUCUCUAGUCCUAUUUGAGUGUCCAGCUUCACCUGGCAGUAAUCUCUACAUGUACCUUUGCACACCACACUGACCCCUCUGCAUGCAUUGAGGGCAUGUCCACCCCAAUAAUCAUAAUUUUAUUGUUUAUAUGAUGCCUAUCUGGCUGGGUUGCCCCAGCCACUCUGGGCAGCUCCCAACGAAGUAUUAAAAGCAGGGCUGCCUUAAGCAUAUGCGGCGCCGGGGUGCAAAGAUCUGCCCGGGGAACCCCCCCCCCCCAGGUUGCUCAGUCCCAGGCGUGCAGGAAGGUGGAGCUGGCCUCAGUGUCCCGCAGCCUCGGUCGCCCCCAAACUCACGGCAGCAGAAAAGCCCCUUGCGGCGCUCCGACUGACAGACGGGGUCUUCCCCAGACUCAACUCUCGGGCCCCGGACUCACGACCUGGCGCCCCUGAGAGCCCGGCGCCCGGGUGCCCCGCACCCCUAGCGCCUUUGGGUAAGCACAAUAAAACGUCAACCAUUAAAAACCUUCCCUAAAUAGGGCUGCCUUCAGAUGUCUUCUAAAAGUUGUAUAGUUAUCUAUCUCCUUGACAUCUGAUGGGAGGAUGUUCCACAGGGUGGGUGCCACUACCAAGAAGGCCCUCUGCCUGGUUUCCUGUAGCUUCACAUCUCACAGUGAGGGAACCGCCAGAAGGCCCUCAGAGGUGGACCUCAGUGUCUGGGCUGGACAAUGGAGGUGGAGACACUCCUUCAGGUAUACAGGCCCGAGGCAGUUUAGGGCUUUAAAGGUCAACACCAACACUUUGAAUUGUGCUCGGAAACGUGCCUUGUUAAAGGUCAAGGAAUAUACUACUCAGGCUCUGUGUUUUAGUCCUAUCUUCACAGCAAUAUUUCUGUUCCAACAACCCAUAAACCACUUGAUUAACUCACGUGAAUUACAUAUUCUCUCUCCUUUUUUUAAGUAUUUAGGAAACAAUAGAACAGAAAAAGAGGCAAUAUGAUGCUGAGACCACUAAAAAAGCAAGUGCUUAGGAAUGAGCAAGCGGAUGAGGCAACUUAUUUAGCCCACCUAGCUGCGCAGAGAAACGCAAGUGCCUUCUUUGAGAAGUACGAGCGAAGCGAGCUUCAGGAACUACUGACCACUUCGUUUUGUAGCUGGCUGGCAACCAAAGAUAACUUGCGCCAAACGUUGGACCUCCCCACUGGGCUGCUGAGACAAAUGAAAAGCAUAAAUGUCCCAACGGCUAUUUUUCUAACCCCCGUGGAGCCCGACGUAGAGUUGGACUGCAGAGAAAUCCAUCAGAUCAUCAGAGAGUUGUCUGUUGGGAUUUACUGUCUGAACCAAAUUCCAUCCAUCAGUUUGGAUGCUAAUUACGACCAAAGUACUUCUUGCUCCCUCCCUCCAGCAUACUUUGACACGCGAAUCGGACAAAUGUUGAUCGCCGUGGAUUACAUGCUGAAAGCCUUGUGGCAUGGGGCAUACAUGCCCAAAGAAAAACGCGUCAGAUUCUCUGAACUGUGGCGUUCUAGCAUGGAUAUUGACGCAGACGGCAUCCCUCAAACAGAAAGAACUGCCUGUGCAGAGUUCUGUCAAGCUGGUAAGAUAGGGUUGCCAUAUUUCAGGAGGUGAAAAUCCAAAACCCGGACAAAAAUGUUGCUGCCUCAAGUUUUUGCCCAAAGAGCUUUUCCUUUGCAAAUCCUCGCAAUUUGGGUUUAACAUUUCAGCAAAAAAAAUCCCGCUUACACAAUGGGUUGCCAUACACCUGGGUUUCCCCAGACAUUUUAAACGGCUGUUAAAAUUUCCGCCUAGACGCAACUUUUGGCAGCUGAAUCCCAGCAAUGUCUGGGAUUUUCCGGACGCAUGGCAGCCCUAGGUAAGAGUGAUCUUGUGAGCAUCCCAAUCUCUAAGCAGUAACAGGUUGCAAGGGGCUCGUCCGGUACCUUGGCUUUGGUUUCCUUGGAACGAAGGAUCUGGUGGCUGAUGGCGAUUCUGUGAUAAAAGGUUUUAUUUACAUAUACAGGCUGAGCAUAAGAAGGACAGUUCGCAACAAUUACACUGCAACAAAUCUAGACAUCAGCCCAGGUUCCUCUGCUGCUUUCAGAUCCACUUUUUAUCUUCCCGGUCUAUUCUCUUUCACACAGAGAAACUUUGAAGACACCACCUCCAGUGGGAGAGGAGAAAGACAUUCCCCAUUCCAGAAGGAUCUCAAGUUAUUUUGUUCUCUGGCAACACAUCACCUGUGCUUGGCCAUCUCUUUAGUUAUGCAAAGGCCCAGUCCCUCAACAAAAGGGUAUCUGCUCUCUAAGUUUGUCUACCCAAUUCAUUGUUUGUUUAAGAUACUUAUAUGCCACUUUUCAGACAGACAUCACAAAGCACCUUAUGUGGGCUUAUUACAAAAAAAUAAGCAUUAGUAUUUGAAAAACUGUUUGUUCAGAAGUGCUUCUUCCCUGCUCUUCCCAGGGCAAGAUGCUGCUGCAGAAGCCUCUGUGGUAAAUACUGUCAGAGGAAAGGACCACUGCUGAGAGCUAGAGGGUUGCAGAUUACCAUGGCUGUACCUUUCUGUCCAUGCCCCUCAGGGCAAGAGAUCUGACAUGACCUCUUUGUCAGCCUCUUUUUUGAAACCAGUUAGUAACAGGAAUGGAAGUGGGGGAACCACGACGCUAUUGAUGUUGACACAUUUGUGAGAACUGCAUCAGACUGUAUAGACUUUACGUAUACUUGGAACACACUUGCCUGUAGAAAGAACAACGAAAACUGCAUGCACAGCAUCAUGAGACAAUUGCACAUAUCACUCUGUGCAGUUGUGGGGAAGCCUCACGCCCAUUAUGUACACAUAAUUACACAAACGUGAGGAGUCUGACACCACAAUAUAUUUUUUUAAAAAUUAACUUUAUUUGACAAACAUCAAUAACAUCCACAACAGACCACCGUAUAUUACAAUUUGCCCUCCUUAAUCUUAUAAUACGCUACACAACAUUGCAACGCAUAUUUUACCAUUUGGAACAUUUAUCCAUAUGUACUUUACAUGAUAAAAAGCAAAAAGAAUGACACAAAAAGAAAAGGAAAGGAAAAAAAAGAAAGAAAGAGAUUGAGAAUGACCUUCGAAUACUCUCUUUGUACUAUUACUUAUUUUGUUGUUUAACGCACAGUAUCAUAUUAUGUUAUAUUCUCUUAAUUCUUAUGGAAAUAAUUCUUUCCAUAAGAAUUGACACCACAAUCUGGAGUCGAAAGGGAUACUCAUAAAUUCAUGCAAAGUUAGGAUUGAGAACUCUUCACUUAAACUAUCUUCAACAUGUGAGAGAUAUUCUGGCCCUAAACUCAAUCCAACUAUCAUAGACAAUUAGUAACAUGUUGCUAAUGCAUUUAUUUGUUUGUUUGUUUGUUUGUUUGUUUGUUUGUUUGUUUAAACAAAUGCAUACACCAGCUUUCUACAAACUGGGAGUGAACAUAGCUCAAAAGUGUAUGAAGAUCCCGGGUUCCAUCCCCACCAUCUCCAGGCAGCAGAUGAGGGGAAAGGUCCUCCCCCUGCAAGCCUUCAAAGAAGUGACCAGCCAGAGUAGACCAGGCUUCCUCAACCUCAGCCCUCCAGAUGUUUUGAGACUACAAUUCCCAUCAUCCUUGACCACUGGUCCUGCUAGCUAGGGAUCAUUGGAGUUGUAGGCCAAAAACAUCUGGAAGGCCGAGGUUGAGGAAGCCUGGAGUAGACAAUUCUGGGCUAGAUAGACAAGGAGUCAGACAAAGUAUUAAGCCGCUUAUGAUUCUAGGAAAUUGUACCUACUCAUACUGGUUAUAAGCCUUGUGGCACAGAUGAGGAGUAUCCAGAUUCUUAUCUGCAUUGGCAACACCCACCAAAGGGUGCCUUAGAAUGCUGCUUGCUAAAUUUGGGUGCCUGUAUUUAAAACAGAAGUACAGUGGUACCUCAGGUUACAAACGCUUCAGGUUACAGACUCUGCUAACCCAGAAAUAGUGCUUCAGAUUAAGAACUUUGCUUCAGGAUGAGAACAGAAAUCGUGCUCUGGCGGCGCGGCAGCAGCAGGAGGCCCCAUUAGCUAAAGUGGUGCUUCAGGUUAAGAACAGUUUCAGGUAAAGUAGGGACCUCUGGAACAAAUUAAGUACUUAACCCGAGGUACCACCGUAAAUGGGAAUUUAAUAGUUUCCAAAUUUCUCCUUGACGAAAAUCAGCACUAUUUCUCUAGAAAGAGAGGUUCCAGAACUUCCCGUGAAUGCCUCCCUUGUUCUCUUAUAAUGGCAAUGGUGCCCGCAUGAGAGGUGCCGGAACUGAAUUCUGGUGAGUUCCGGCUGAAAAAAAACCCUGACAAAAAUUAAAGUAAGGAUGAGUAAGGAGUUUUCUUGACAUGCAAGGUUAUGCUGUAUGAUUUAAAAACCCACUUCUGUGUUAGAUUUUUUCACAUUACUAAUUACAGUUGUUUCACUUGUGCGCAUAUAUAUAUAUAUAUAUAUAUAUAUGUAGGUAAAAAGUUAUGCGGGUGGCGCUGUGGUCUAAACCACUGAGUCCCUUGGGCUUGUCGAUCAGAAGGUUGGCGGUUCAAAUCCCCGCAAUGGAGUGAGCUCCCGUUGCUCUGUCCCAGCUCCUGCCAACCUAGCAGUUCGAAAGCACACCAGGGCAAGUAGAUAAAUAGGUACCACUGCGGCAGGAAGCUAAACGGUGUUUCUGUGCGCUCUGGUUUCCAUCACAGUGUUCCGUUGUGCCAGAAGCAGUUUAGUCAUGCUGGCCACAUAACCCAGAAAGCCAUCUGUGGACAAAUGCCAGCUCCCUCGGCCUGAAAGUGAGAUGAGCGCCGCAACCCCAUAGUCGCCUUUGACUGGACUUAACUGUCUGGUCCUUAUCCAUGUAGGACAGGGAAUAUCUGUAGUUUAACUGAUCUGUUUUUAUUUCAUAUAUUUAUAUAUCUUUUUGUGUACAUAUGUAUGAUAUAGGUCUAAUGGAUAUUUCAAAAGAACCAGAUUUCCAAGGAAUCUAUGAGGAAAACCUGAAUGAAGAUCCAACCUAUGACCCUAACAGUCCAGAGGAAAAAGCAUUCUUUAUGCAGUUUGCAGACUACAUAUUUCUUAAGUUGACUUUUGCCACCACAGAGGUUCAGCAGUAUGAAAAUGUGUUCAAGUUUGAUGCAGCAUACAACCUUUGUAAUGCGAUAAGGAUGACUGAGGACAGCCUCAGUAUGCAUGGAUACCAGAGGUUGCAGCAGAGGCUAGCUCUUCAACAAAAACUUGUGAAGAAAUACCUAGAAAAAAAGGUCGAGAUCCGGAAAAACAUAGCAUAUCUAAAGCUAAUGAGUUUUCUUAUUCCAUUUAUUAUCAAUUUAAAAAGGAAAAAUAAAAUCCCGAAUUUAAGUCGGCUUCUUCAGCCAUAUUCAGGUAAGACUAUGUUUUGUCCUUUUGCUGAGAGAUUGCUUUUAAUCCAUGAACAAGUUAUAGGCCAUAUCUGUAAGAACAAUCAUACGAGCCCCUUAGGUAAAGGUAAAGGUAAAGGGACCCCUGACCAUUAGGUCCAGUCGUGACCGACUCUGGGGUUGCGGAGCUCAUCUCACUUUAUUGGCCGAGGGAGCCGGCGUACAGCUUCCAGGCCAUGUGGCCAGCAUGACUAAGCCGCUUCUGGCGAACCAGAGCAGCGCAUGGAAAUGCCAUUUACCUUCCCGUUGGAGCGGUAACUAUUUAUCUACUUGCACUUUGACGUGCUUUCAAACUGCUAGGUUGGCAGGAGCAGGGACCGAGCAACAGGAGCUCACCCCGUCAUGGGGAUUCGAACCGCCGACCUUCUGAUCAGCAAGUCCUAGGCUCUGUGGUUUAACCCACAGCGCCACCCGCGUCCCUUUAUGAGCCCCUUAUCAGUUGUCUAAAAUGGUACAGUCCUGAUUCAGGUUUAACAGCUCAUUGAGAACUAGAACUGCUUUUUUAAAACAAACAAACAAACAACUUUACAAUCAGUCCAACCAGCAAUGAUACAUCACACACAAUCCACAUUAGACAACAGUAGCAUAAAGAAAAGUAAGCAAAAAUGCAAGGAACGCUUAGUAAACAAAAACAGAAAGCCAGGCAAUCGACAUUACGUGCUUGUAUACCCUGCAAUGGACUAAAACAAAUGAAAUUUUGUGUUAACAAAAGCAUACAAGAGGCAAUGCACCUGAAACGUACCCUCCAACAUUUCUCUGAUAAAAGCAGGGACGUCCUUUUCCAUAAUAAUAAUUCUACUAUUUAUUAACCAGGCAGAGGGCCUUCUCGGUAGUGGCGCCCGCCCUGUGGAACGCCCUCCCAUUAGAUGUCAAGGAAAUAAGCAAGUAUCUUACUUUUAAAAGACAUCUAAAGGCAGCCCUGUUUAGGGAAGUUUUUAAUGUUUAAUGCUGUAUUGUGUUUUUAAUAUUCAGUUGGGAGCUGCCCAGAGUGGCUGGGGAAACCCAGCCAGAUGGGCAGGGUAGAAAUAUUAUUAUACUCCACCCAUCUGACUGCCUUGCUCCAGUCACUCUGGGCAGCUUUCAACGUAUAUAAAAAUAUAUAAAAACAUAAGACAUUAAAAAAAACUUCCCUAUUCAGGGCUGCCUUCAGAUGGCUCAGGGGCUGGAUAACUCCAAAUCCUCAAACAUUUCUCUGAUGACAAUAGGGGCAUCCUAAGGAAAAGCAGGACAUUCCAGGAUCAGAUCAGAAACUGGGACAGUUUUCUCUAAAUCCGGGACUGUCCCUGGAAAAUAGGGACACUUGGAGGGUCUGCUAAAAUUAAGGCACCAGACCCCCUCCAAAUGAAUGAAUAACUGUUGAUUGGGGUUCCUUGUGGCAAGAAUUAAUAAAGGAAAUAAAAGGGACCCAGUCACCAUGGAAUUUGUUCCUCAUGAACUAGAACUGGAACUACUUCUUAAUCCAAAAUGUCAAUCUUAAUGUCAAAAGAGUACACUAUGGCUCUAUCUCCACCAUACAUUUAAAGCAAUAUUAUACCACUUCAGAUAGCCAUGGUUUCCCCCAAAGAAUAAUCAGAUUUGUAGUUUGUGAAGGGUUUUGUGAGGAGACCCACGUUCCUCUCAUGGAGAUACAGAGUGGUUUAACAAUCAACUCCUCUUCCCAGGGAACUCUUACAUAGCAUACUCUUUUGACACCAACCAGUCCUUAUUAUGUGAUGAAACUACGGGAAAUCUGCAUUUUUGAAAGUGCUGCUUAAAGUUUGGGCAUAUAAUUUUAUAUUAUUAGUAAUGUCAUUCAUUCAUGUCAUUCGCUGAGAGCAGUGGCAGCUGCCUUCUCCUCUGUGUUAAAAUCCAGUUCUUCCUUUUUGUAGACGACAAAGUCAAAACGGAACGUGAACUGCCUCCAAUUUUGCUUGGACCAGAUUUUAAGUGCCAGCAUUUUGUAUACACCCAGAAUCAGUAUUUCCAUCUCCACGGUGGCAUUGAAUAUGAUGUUGGUACUCCUUCAGUUGAAGACCUUUCAGAUGAGAUUAAGGUACUAAAUCGGCAUUUUCGAAAUAAUUUAGCCUGCGAUAAGGAGAGAUUGUAGGGAUUGGGGAUUUACAGCUUCAGGGGAUUACAUUCCACCUGCUCUGGAAAAUAAUAAUUUGCUCCCACUGAAGGUUCAGCUUUACAGCUUGGGAUGUCUCCUUUGUCAUGGGAAGCUCAUGAAGACUGCAUACGCACUUUACCUUUUAAAGCUCAUUCAAAGCAGAGUCUCCCUCAAAAGAAUUUUGGGCACUGUAGAUAAUGUUAGGAUUUGCUGGGAAAUGUAAAUCUGUGACAGGUAAAGCUACAGUGCUCAGAAUUCUUUGAGGGAAAGAAUCUGCUUCAAAUGUGCUUUAAAGAUGUAGCGUGGACACCGCCUUAAGUCUCCUUACCACAGAAACUCGUCCUACCACUAGCUGGGUCUGGUUCAGCAGCUACAACCUCUCCAGAAAACAGGCCAUCUAACCAGUCAUCUAUGCCCUGGUAAGCUCUUUUUCAGAUUUCUGUAAAAUGUUCCAUCUGGGGCCACCUUUGAAGCUGGUUUGGAUGCUUCCCUUGGUACUUUCUUGUUCAGAUUGUACCUCAGAAAAAUGUCAAAACGGUUUGGCUAGUUGCCAAUUCACUUUGGAGCCCGCUUGAAAGUACUAGUGCUCCCUUUUAAAGCCCUAAGUACAGUGGUGCCCCGCAAGACGAAUGCCUCGCAAGACGGAAAACCCGCUAGACGAAAGGGUUUUCCGUUUUUGACUUGCUUCGCAGGACGAAUUUCCCUAUGGGCUUGCUUCGCAAGAUGAAAAUGUCUUGUGAGUCUUGAGAUUUUUUUUCGCUUCCCCCCCCCUUUUCUAAGCCGCUAAGCCUUUAAUAGCCUUUUAGCAGCUAAGCCGAUAAGCCGAUAAGCCUUUAAUAGCCUUUUAGCAGCUAAGCCGAUAAGCCGAUAAGCCUUUAAUAGCCGCUAAACCGCUAAUAGCGCUAAUCCGCUAAUCCGCUAAUAGGGUUGCUUCACAAGACGAAAAAACCGCUAGACGAAGACACUCGCGGAACGGAUUAAUUUCGUCUUGCGAGGCACCACUGUACCAUAUUUUUCGCACCAUAGGACGCACUUUUUCUCUCCUAAAAAGCAAGGGAAAAUGUGUGUGCGUCCUAUGGAGCGAAUGCAGGGGGGAGGCAGUCGGGAAAAGCCCCCAAGAGCCGCACACAAGCUCCGUGCGCUCUUGCGGGCUUUUCCCCAGGAGGGAGAAGGGACUGACUGGCCGCAUCAGUUGCUUCUCCCACCUCCCAGAAAAGCCAGGAGAAGCCGCGAUCUCUUUAAAGGGGUUGUGCGGCUUCUGCGGGCUUUUGCGAAGGUGAGGAUCCCCACCUCCCAGGAAGCCGAAGCCGUGCAGCCCUUUAAAGUGUGCGCGCUUCUGCCGGUUUGCGAAGGUGAGGAAUCCCACCUCCCAGAAAAGCCAGGAAAGCCCUGCGCAGCGUCUCCCAACAAGGAGAGGCUGCACGGGGCUAUGGAUUCUUUAGCCCCACGCAGCCUCUCCCGGGAGGGAGAGGAUGCACGGGGCUAAAGGGGAAGCCAAAACAGCGAGCGGGAUCCAUCCCGCCCCCUGCCUUGGCUUGCUCCAUAGCUGCGCGCAACCCCUCCGGCAAGGAGAGGCUGCACGGGGCUAUGGCUUCUUUAGCCCUGCGCAGCGACUCCUGGCAAGGAGAGGCAGCACGGGGCUAAAGGGGAAGCCAAAACAGCUAGCGGGAUCCAUCCUGCUCGCUGCCUUGGCGUGCCAUAGCCGCGCGCAACCCCUCCGGCAUGGAGAGGUUGUGCACAGACUGUACGCUGCUCUUUGGGGCUGGGGGGGAAAAUAUUUUUUUUCUUGAUUUCCCCCCCUAAAAACUGGGUGCGCCCUAUGGUCCGGUGCGCCCUAUGGUGCGAAAAGUACGGUAUACCUGAAGGAGCGUCUCCACCGCCAUCAUUCUGCCCAGACACUUGAGGUCCAGCUCCGAGGGCAUUCUGGCAGUUCCCUCACUGCGAGAAGUGAAGUUACAGGGAACCAGGCAGAGGGCCUUCUCGGUAGUGGCACGCGCCCUGUGAAACGCCCUCCCAUCAGAUGUCAAGGAGAUAAAUAACUAUACAACUUUUAGAAGAUAUCUGAUGGCAGCUCUGUUUAGGGAAGGUUUUUAAUGGUUGAUGUUUUAUUGUGCUUUUAAUACUUUGUUGGGAGCUGCCCAGAGUCAGAUAGGCAGCAUAUAAACAAUAAAAUUAAGAUUAUUGUGGGGGCCUUCCCUCAAUGCAUGCAGAGGGGCCAGUGUGGUGUGCAGCGGUACAUGUAGAAAUUACUGCCAGGUAAAGCUGGACACUCAAAUAGGACAAAAGAAGAGUGCCUAUCUAGAGUUACAUUUAUUUACCCAGGGGCAUAAAUAAUAAAUUAUUAUUAUUAUUAUUAUUAUUAUUAUUAUUAUUACUAUUAUUACCUAGGAUGGGUGAAAGGAGCAGCUUCUCCUAUAUCAAACAGCCUGUACUUUGAAGUAAUCCACUGAGGCCCAUUUCUCUGCACCUUCCUUAUUAUAUUUAGGCAUAUGGCAAGAAGGGCCUUUUGUUGUGGUGGCCCCAUGAUGGAAAACAUGCACAUCCUCUCCUAGUAGCAACUUUACAUUCUUUCAGGCAUUAAGCAAAACAACAACAACAACAACAAAAACCUCUCAGAGAUUUAAAGGGACUCUCUAAGCAUUUUAAACCUUUUAGAUCUGAUUACCAUUUUGUCUGCUAGUUUUUUUAUUAUUGUUACUGUUUAUUGCAAUUAACUGCUUUUAAUAUCAGCAUUGUAAAUUCCCCUGGUGUCAUUCUCAAGCAAAGGCAGUAUAAACAUAUUUAAAGUGCAUACAUAAUUAUUAAAUGACACCAUGAAAGGUAAAUUGUAGGGAGUGAUAGUCAACUUCCUUUUACUCAGAGCAGAUCCAUUGAAAUUAAUGGAUCUAACUUAGUCGUGUUCACGAAUGCCAAUGAGUCUGAGCAAAAUUUAGUUUAAUACCACCCUUCAGUUCUGAUUUGUUUCAAGAAAAUGUAUUUUACAAGAGAAUACAUUUAUUUUUAUCUGUAUUAUUUUAUUUUAAAGAGCAUUUACUUUGAAGAAAUUCAGCAUGAAAUUCAGCAAGAACAGGACUGUUGUAGAACUGUAACCUCACAUGUUAUGGGUUGGAAGUCAAAUAACUUUGAUUCUUUGAUUCUAUGAAACUAAAAACCUGUUUCCACCAUGUGCCCAGACAGGGUUUGAACUUGUUUUUCUCUACCCAUUGGGUUUUUCAGCUCUUAGCAGAUUUUGAGCCUGCAGAUUUUACUGAAAAUUGACAAGAUGCUUUAACUACUUAAAGCAGUGCUUGGCCUUGAUACAGGAAGUUUUAAAGGCUUUGCAAGCAUAAAUAGGGUCUGUUGUUUUUAACAUUAAUUGUAGGCUGCCUAUGACGAAAUGCAUACAUGUGCAGCAAAUCACCUCGCUCAACUGUUGGACCCAGAUGCACCCUAUAGAGAACAUUACCCCAUACCAAUAAUGGAUUUUCAAGGCAAGAGGUAAAGAGAACGUGAGAUGCUUUCGAUUGAGUUUUUGGGAACGUAACACUAGUUAAUGGUUGAGAGUCAAAAAGUGGCUCAUACAUAAGUGCCAGCAAACACUUGUGUACAUGCAGCAGAUGUUACAGUAGGCAAUAAGAAUUGAUUAGAAAUAAGUUUGCCUAAAAGACAUACUGACGAUUGAGUACGGAUGUUUAUUAUUGAUUCAUCGAGAUUUUUAAAUCUGAAUGCAGAAUUGAGUUUUGCUGCUUUUAAAAAACAAAUUAUUUUGACCAUAGCUCUUUGCCCACUGUGCAUUAUAAUAAAGGGAAUCCAGUCACGUAGUGAAAAUCUUGUAGAUGGAAUCCAGUCUGGCAUAAAGCAUGACACAAUCAUAUUUUCUGUGCUUCCUGUAGCCCUUUAGUCUAAACUAGGCAUAGGCAAACUUGGCCCUCCAGAUGUUUUGAGACUACAAUUCCCAUCAUCCCUGACCACGGGUCCUGUUAGCUAGGGAUCAUGGGAGUUGUAGUCCCAAAACAUCUGGAGGGCCGACUUUGCCUACAGUGCACUUCUACUCUAUCAAGUGUUUCCCCCCCCCCCCAGCCCCCAGAACCACCUUUGCUCUAUCUUUUAUGCCUAGGUUCCAUUCUUUCAGGCUAAUGGAAACAUACACUUCAGUGAUCUUUACAGUGCCCAGAUACUAAAAGGUAAAGGUAAAGGGACCCCUGAUCAUUAGGAUCGACUCUGGGGUUGCAGCACUCAUCUUGCUUUAUUGGCUGAGGGAGCCAGCGUACAGCUUCCAGGUCAUGUGGCCAGCAUGACUAAACAUAGCUGUCAACGUUUCCCUUUUUUAAAGGGAAAGUCCCUUAUUCCAAAUAGGAUUUCCCUUAAAAAAGGGGAGAAGUUGACAGCUAUGUGACUAAGCCGCUUCUGGCGAACCAGAGCAGUGCACGGAAACACCGUUUACCUUCCCACCGGAGCAGUACCUAUUUAUCUAUUUGCACUUUGACGUGCUUUCAAACUGCUAGGUUGGCAGGAGCAGGGACCGAGCAACGGGAGCUCACCCGUUGAGGGGAUUUGAACCUCCAACCUUCUGAUCGGCAAGCCCUAGGCUCUGUGGUUUAGACCACAGCACCACCCGCGUCCCUUUUGCCCAGAUACUAGAGCAAUGUUAAAAGGAUACUACAGUGAUACCUUGAUUCUCAAACUUAAUCUGUUCCAGAAGUCUGUUCCAAAACCAAAGCGUUCCAAAACCAAGGUGCGCUUUCCCAUAGAAAGUAAUGCAAAAUGGAUCAAUCCAUUCCAGAUUUUAAAAAUAACCCCCUAAAACAGCAAUUUAACGUGAAUUUUACUAUCUAAUGAGAUCAUUGUUCCAUAAAACAAAAGCAAGAAACAAUGUACUGCAGUCACACAAUCAAUCAAUCAUUCAGUAGCUGAACUGGGUUCCACACAGUCACAAAAACAAAACAAAAAGAGCCGCAAUACCAAAAACGCAAAAUAACAGCAAAAACAGACAGACCUCAGCAUAACACUCAAAACGGAAGCGUAACACUCAAAACGGAGCACGUUUGGCUUCCGAAAAAAGUUCCCAAACCGGAACACUUACUUCUGGGUUUGCAGUGUUUGGGUUCCAAGUUGUUUGAGUACCAAGGCAUUUGAGAACCAAGGUACCACUGUACAAAUAGUGUGGUGCAGUGGGUUGAGCGUUGGCCUAGGAUGGUGGAGAGACCCAGAUUAAAACUACACUUUACCCAUGAAGCUCGCUGGGGGACCUUGGACCAGUCACACUCUCUUACCCAAACAACCAGGGUUGUCGCAAGGAUAAUUUUUGAAGAGGGUGUGCUGCUGUAUGCCAUCCUGAGCUACUUAGAGGAAAGGAAGGAUUAAAAUGAAUUAUAAUGGUAUGCCAUGGUCCAAUUUAGACAGCUGUACACAACCUGCGGUCCACUGAGCUAAAUGCAGGUGCUACUACUGCUUGAUUUUUUAAAAUAAAGUCCUAUACAUAAGAACCUGCUGAACCAGGUCAAAGUUGUCCACCUAGUCCAGUAUCCUGUUCUCACAGUGGCCAACCAGAUACCCAUGGGAAGCAUGUAAACAGAACAUGAGUGCAACAGCACUUGUGUCUCCCAGCAACUGAUUUUGUGUAUUGUGGCCUGCCCAGUGUUUAACUACGAUCCCAAUUUUGCAGUCUCGGAGACAGCAAUAAAUAUAUAUUUAUAAGCCCCUGGUGCACCACCAUAUUAAGCGGCUGGGAUGUCUUUGUUUUGGUGGGUCAGAAGAUUCUCAGGCUCACUUUACAGGCAUUGUGAACUAUAGGCUAUGAAAUAAUGUGUUAAAAUAUUCCAGUUUCUACUGUGUGUGUGUGUUCCCCCCACCCCCUGCAUUUUCCAGCUAUUAUGUAAUCGGGAUCGAACUUGAACCAUUUUAUCUGCUUUUUAAGAGCCAAUGGUGGGGAGCCAUAAACGAAGUAGUAAGCACACUUAAACCCAAAAGGCUUCCAUUAACGGAUAUUCAAGCAAUGGACCAAUUCAAGAAAAGAUUUGGCUAUAAGAAGGCUAUUAAAUGCAAGGUAUGGCUUUUGGUUUUUUUAAGGGACUGGACCCUGUGAGGUCCACCACAUUUAUGGUCAUCUUCCUUUAACAGCGCUUUCAGAACAGUUUUGCUCCUCUCCCUCUGUCGCUCAAAAUCAUGCUUCGUUCCAGUUAGAGCAGCUUUUGUGGAUGGAGUCAACCCGCCUGCCCUGCUUCUCAGGCCAGGUGGAAAAUUUAAGGUUGCCAACCACCCUGAAUGAAGCGUAGGUUCCCAUGAGGCAAGAAACAGUGAUAACAGCAAGAACCUUUAUUGAACUAACAGAACUGGACAGCAGGGGCAAACAACUGCUUAUACACAUUUCUGAAGCCCUGGGCCACUCCCACUCCCAACGUGAUUGGCUAUCUAAACUUCCAAGCUGUGAAUCAUGACUCAGAGUUUAAGGGCCAAUGGUAGAGGCCCAAAUCCUGAAAUGUUCUGUGAUUGGAUAUCAUGUAUCAAAUCAGAACACAGGAGCUCAAAAUCCUUAGUCCAGACUCAAGCUCAGGCAAACACAGAAUACAUAACACUGUAUAAUACAGGAUCGUCCCGUAGGAUAGUGUAAAAUACUAUGUCCUGUGCUGAUUCAAUACAGGAUGCAGUUUGUCCUGUAUUUCCGCUCCCCUUCCCCCCCCCCCUUUUCUCUCUGCCAAGUUAGGGCUCCUCUCCAAAUCUAUCUCUGUGAAAGGAUGUGUGAAAAGUCAUGUAUUUAAGCUACAGGUAGCAAAGCUCAGACAGAUUUACAAAUUCAUGCAUACCUGUCCCUGUGCAUGUGACAAAUUCCAGAGGGGCCAUCCUGUUAGGCUGCCACAGAUUGUAAUGGAUUGCUUUGAGUUCAUUUAUGCACCAGGUGGAAAAGAAAAUCGCUUCAAUGCCUCUCUCUGCCCCACCCUGCCCUGCCCAAUAUUUUGCCAGAACAAAGGUGGCAGCCUUAGUGGAAAUGGCCCAAACAGCCCAUUCUCCGUUACUUCCCUAUUUAUCAGACUCUUCCUGCCUCUGGCUGGUCAGGGCCGCUUGUCUUUGAGCUUUCUUCUCUGCUAUCCUCAGCGAACGUCUGGUUUUGGGGGCAGCUACGUUUUCUGGGAGACACUCCAGUGACAGCGUCUCAUUCAACUGCUGCCCAAGCUUUGCCUGUUGCUUUCAAAGUCUUCCUCCUCAUCUCCCAUUAUCUCCCAUCUUUUGCCCUCAUCUUCCUCUGGACCGUGCCCUCUGCCAAACCACCUCUGGAGUAUGAGGCCUCUCCCUCCGAUAACAGGACUCUCAUGAAGAGUUCGGCAGCAGUCCUGUAUCUCAGCGACUCAUAUCUGCUCAUAUGAGCAUGCAAACAGCAGAGUAAACGAAAGCUUGGCUGCGGAAGUAUGUAGCAUUGCUAAUCUUAUUGCUAUACAUCAAAUCAAACCAAAUCAUAAUAAAGAAAAUAACAACAACGCGAGGAGCAGCUCACACAAACAUCCUGUCUGUCCGGGAGACAGAACAAAGAGCCUAAAACAAAAGCACAGAGAACGGAAAUGCGGUGCUGAGUUUCCGUUCUCACACUUCCAGAAGAAUGGAAUGUAAACAGUGUGGAUCACGGGAUCCAACAGCAACGGGAGGAUGAAAAAUACUAACAUGGAGGUCUAUACUAAAUGCCCCUUCAUCCUCUCUGGAAGACUCCUGGGGAGGUGGUCUCCACCACUUUCGUUCAUCUGCCCGGUCCCUGACAGCUGGGCAGAAGCUUCCUGGGCUUUGAGAAGGAUGUUGGAGCCCUGCUGUCUCCAUGAUGGGAGGACUCUUGAACUCGGUCAGAGCAUCAUGUCUCCCACCCUAAGCUGGGCAGAAGCUUCCCAGGCUUUGAGAAGCAGGCACCAGAGUAUUAAUACUUUAAUACUCUAAUUUACUGGGAACAUUUAGGGGACUAGCCUAGUCCCCCUAGUCCACUGACCGCAUGCCACUGGCAGGAUAAUAAUUUGGCUAAAAUUUGUUGAGGGAGGCGGGUAUCUUGAAGAUUCCAUUAAGGGCCUCUCUACAUUUCCCCCUAUAAUUUGAGUCCCGAAACUGGCAUCCAGUGGUUGGGGCCAAGACUUCAGUGGUCUGUAUACAUCCUUGCCUAUUCAAUCUAACAAGCCAGGAUGGAACGCGUGAUACAGAACAAGUACAAAAUUAUAUAAUGUGAUGCAGAAUAAGAGAGACCCUGUGUCUUUCCGCAGUCGGCUGGCCUCAGGAGUCAAUUUAUCUUGGUACAGAGUUUUAACUGUUCUCUUUCUUUCAGGGCAUGGUACGCACAGCCCAAAUCAAAGUAGCUGGAGUGAAAAAUCACUGUAUUCCUAUUCUUGUUGUUUUUCUAUGUGCCUUUUGGGCGUGUGACAUUUAGAGCCUGCCAUUUGGCAUGAGGGCUGCUGCUGAAAGAGGGUUGGCUGCUAUCUUCCUCACCUUCUGCCGCAAGACAUCCCUCUCCAGCCUUGCUCUUUCAGACGAUCACGGCUACGGUCUUAUCCACUAUGCUGCUAUCUACAACCGUGUGUCAAUCAUAUGCCAGCUGAUUAAAUCAUAUCUGACAAUCAACCAGAGGCGCAGCAUCCCAGUUAGCCAAGGUAAGAAAUAGUAUAUGCUGAGAAAUUAUUAGAGUCACAACUCCCAGGGGUCCUUCCCACAAGGAAAGCAUCCCCCCUGUCCCCUUUCUUGGUUGUAGAAAAGACUCUGUGCAAGAACUAGAGAUAUCUAAAUCAGGCUUCCUCAAACUUGGCCCUCCAGAUGUUUUGAGACUACAAUUCCCAUCAUCCCUGGCCACUGGUCCUGCUAGCUGGGGAUCAUGGGAGUUGUAGGCCAAAAACAUCUGGAGGGCUGAGUUUGAGGAAGCCUUCGUUCACCUUUGUGGAGAUCCCUCUUGAUUCCAAUUUUCUUUUCUGAAGUGUGUGAGAUACUUUAUUGUUCCAGACAUCACUGUUAGCCCUCAUCUGACCUGUUACAGACUCCAGUUCAGAUACCUGAGUGGGCGAGCAGGCAGAGCAAUGUGGUCCCACUUGGCUCCAGUGGGGGAUUGCUUUGGCGCUGGGCUGGAGCAGCAGUCUCUGUCCCCCGCCUGGCAUACAUGCCCACCCACCCUGGGCAUUGGCAACCCACGAUAUGCUGCUGUGCUGGACAACAGCUCCCAUCAUCUGACCAUUGGCCCUGCAGACUGAAAUCCAUCAACAUCUGGAGAGGAGAACCACAGAUUCUUCAUCUCUGAAAUAACUGUUUUGGAGGAGGCCUUUAUCAUUAGAGUGAGAAGCAGGAUAGUGUAUACCGAAAGAAAGAAAGAAAGAAAGAAAGAAAGAAAGAAAGAAAGAAAGAAAGACAGACGCAAUAGCCAAAUCAUAAUAAAUACAUUUUUUUCUAGGGAAACGUCCCCAGAAAUCUGAUCCAAAGGGUAAGUGAUAAAUAAUUUGUUGUCCUCUGACUUUUGUAAUAUAUAUAACUAUACAAAAUAAAGUUGUGCUAGCUUUAGGAAAACUAGGGGCUAUAAGUUUAAGGGCAAAGGCUUGCAGCUUCUGUACCUUAAGAGAUAAUGCUCUAUAGUGUAACUAGAACAGUUCAUUCAAUGAAAUAUUUGAGUUAGUGGGAGCUUUGCUCUUGCCAUUAAGGGGUGCACAGGUAAGCCCAUUCGGAAGAAAAUCUCUUCGGAAUCCAUUAAGCAUGUUGCAGUUUUGUAAUUUUGUUCCAGGAGUAAAUUUAAUGCAGAGAUUACAUUGUAAACACACACACACACACACACACACACACACACACACACACAUAUAUAAAAUAAUAAUAAUUAAAAAGAUUGAUUGCACUGAAGUCGAUAGUAUUUCGUCACUGGAAAUUCUGCAUAGCCAAUAGCUUUGGAACCUAUGAUAUAAUUAAUCUUAAAAUAAGAACCUAUGUCUAUAUAUCACACUGGCAUGUAGGGAUGUCAUGCUUGGAGUGAUUAAAUAAAUAUGCUUUCUUUCAGGAACAACGAGCUUCCAAGAUAAGGACAUUGCAGGAGAGAAAAGUGGUGAGUUGCAAAAAAAACACAGCAUUAUUUUUUUAUAGUCUACGCUGAUGAAAAUUAUUUAGUUUGUUGCCAUUGAUUUCUCUUUCUUUCUCCACUAAGGCUGGGCUAUAUGCUGUUCAUAUUCAGGGGUGGGCAGAGAUUUUGCUAUGUUUUCCAUUUUUAAUGCUACAAUGCAUGGCAUGUUCGAUGCUUUUUUAAAAAUCUGAUAAAUUCACAUGCUAUUUUUCUAGUGCUGGAAAGAGAAACAAUAUCGAUUCUGUGAAAAUUCAGUGUGGUGGGGAGGUGAGAGUGUGAAACUAGGACCUUAGAGAGACUAGGUUUCAAGUUUACUGGGUGACCUUGGGCCAGCCCCUGCCUCUCAGACUAACCUACCUUAUAGGGUUGUCGUGGUUUUGAAAUGAGGGGGGGAGAAGCAAAGACAUCACCUUGAGCUUUUUGGAGAAAAGAGCUAUAAAUUCAACACAUACAUACAUAUACAGUCGUACCUUGGAAGUCGAACAGAAUCCGUUCUGGAAGUCCGUUCGACUUCCAAAACAUUCGGAAACCAAAGUGCGGCUUCUGGUUGGCUGGAGGAAGCUGCUGCAGCCAACCAGAAGCCACAGAAGCUGCGCUGGAUGUUUGGCUUCUGAAAAUCAUUUGAAAACCGGAACACUCACUUCUGGUUUACGAUCAUCCAGGAGCUGAAACAUAUGAGUUCCAAGGCAUUCAGCCACCAAGGUACAACUGUACACAUAAAACAAUAAAGGAGUGGUGUAGAAACAGCACUGGUAUAAAACUAGCAAAUAAUUAUUCAAAUCAUUGGGGGCUUUGCCUUAAAUUUUGCCAGCUGAAGUGUACCAUGUCUGUGUAGUUCAUGGGUAGGCAACCUAAGGCCCGGGGGCUGGAUGCGGCCCGAUUGCCUUCUAAAUUCGAGCCGCAGACGGUCCAGGAAUCAGCGUGUUUUUACAUGAGUAGAAUGUGUCCUUUGAUUUAAAAUGCAUCUCUGGGUUAUUUGUGGGGCCUGCCUGGUGUUUUUACAUGAGUAGAAUGUGUGCUUUUAUUUAAAAUGCAUCUCUGGCUUAUUUGUGGGGCAUAGGAAUUCGUUCAUAUUUUUUUUCCAAAAUAUAGUCCGGCCCACCACAUGGUCUGAGAGACGGUGGACCGUCCCACGGCUGAAAAAGGUUGCUGACCCCGGUGUAGUUCAUUCUAUUGCGUCUUGUUCCCUCUGUCAGGUUUUGGUCCCACUGCUUUGCACCUAUCAGCUCAGUGCUCCUCCGUCGAAGCCCUCCAUUUCCUCCUGGCCUUAAAAGCAGAUUACGAAAUACCUGAUGAACAUGGGUGGCUGCCUAUACAUUACGCUGCCUUCUAUGACAAUGUUACCUGCUUCACAAUUCUCUACCGAAAACACCCAGCUUCGUUAGAGUCUGAAACACGAAAUGAGUAAGUAAGCAGAAAACAGCAUGGGAAUUUACGCCACCUUGUUUCCUUUUGGAAUUCAAGUAAGGAACUCUAAAUAUUGUCAAAUUUCAGAGUUCGAAGCUUAGUGAUUAUGCAUAAUGUAACACCAAAUUGCCCAAUCUUGGGUCAAUCAAUUUGAGACAAGGGUUCAUAAUGUGCCCAUCAGCUGGCUACAUAACUAUCUGGUCUUACAUUUGCCUGCAAGGGAACAGGCUAUUCUAGGGUGUGAUCAUGUUUUGAAAUGUUUGCUAUGUCGACUUCUAAUAAAUCUAAAGGUGUACUGUCCCAUAUCAAUCAAAUCCUCCUGGAAGAGUCUACUGGGAGCUUGGAGGACCUUCAGAUAGCCUAAGAAUGCAGUCUAGGCCAACGUUCACCUUCAUGUUCCGGGUUCAAGCCUGGAAUCCUUGAUAAGAGUCCUUUUUAGAGCAAUCAACGUUGCAAAGUGGGAAGGUAAAGAGAGCAAGAUAGGCAGGCAAAGAAACUAUCCCACCACAGCCCGGUUCAGCUCAACUGCAUUUCUGUUACAUGCAAUUUGUCUGGAAGGAUAAAAUAACAAUAAAUCCUAUAUUCCAGUGAGUAGAUCCCAAUGAACAUUAGGGCUGGCCAGUAUCUGGUUUUCAACACUGUGAUAUAUCCCCAGUUAAACAUCACAAUAUACCAAUAUAUCAUGAUGUCUGAAAUAAGGAUGGAGCUAUGCUGAAGCAUUGGCUGGCUUCACAGUUUUCCCCACAUUGUGAUUUUUCCAUCGCACAUGCACACAUCAAGAUCCGCAAUAUGUUGCCAGGUCAAAAAUUAUGAAAUCAGUAUCACGAUACGGACUUGAAACCAGUUUUGAGUGAUAUAUUGCCCAGCCCUAACACAUUUCGUGAUUUGCAAUAUAUUGCCAGGUCAAAAACGAUGAACCCGAUAUCACGAUAUGGACUUCAGACCAGUUUUGGAUGACAUAUCAAUAUCUCACCAAGCCCUAAUGAACAUGUUAGGGCUUUCCUUAUUAGAGAACAUAGGGAGAUGUGUAUACUUUUAUUUGUUCGUUUUUGGCCACAAUUCUUCAUCUACUUUUCUGGGAGUGAAUCUCAUUGAACUCAGUAGGGCUUGCUUCUGAAUAGAUGUGUGCAGGAUUCCACUGUCACUUGGCAGCUACCUUGCAGAAACAAUGCCCUGGCUUGCACAUAGCUUAGCAUGAAUACAUGGGUGUGCAGAGAGCCAGUGUGGUGUAGUGGUUAAAAGCGGUGGACUCGUAAUCUGGUGAACCGGAUUCGAUUCCCCGCUCCUCCCCAUGCAGCUGCUGGGUGACCUUGGGCUAGUCACACUUCUCUGAAGUCUCAGCCUCACUCACCUCACAGAGUGUUUGUUGUGGGGGAGGAAGGGAAAGGAGAUUGUUAGCCACUUUGAGACUCCUUCGGGUAGUGAUAAAGCAGGAUAUCAAAUCCAAACUCUUCUUCUUCUUCUUCUUUGGGAAAGGAAUCACAAUCAUAGUUUGGCUUAGCAUCUUGUAUGCCUCCAGGCCAAGGGUUUAGCUCUCUCUGGACUAACCGUGAACUAUGACCAAGGCUUGUCCUGUAUAUGAAAUAAAAUCCAUUUCAUCAUCCUAUUUCGCUGAGUAUUUAUCUGCAUCGCAGUGAUGUUUCUCCUCUCUCCUACAGAAAAUGCUCCACCCCACUUUUGCUUGCAGCUACAUCUGGGGCAUUAGAUACGAUCCAGCAUUUGUUUUCUCUCAAAGCCAACUGGCUGAAAAAGGACAGCGAAGAAAAUAAUAUCAUUCAUUUGGCGGUGCUGAACUUUCACACGGAGGUUCUGAAGCAUCUGGUUGGGCUGCACAACCCUGAUCUUCCGGUUUGGAAAACUCUUGUUGGUAAGCACAUCAGUUCGUCUCCCUGCAAAGUGGUUCUAGGUGGCCCUGACUCACUGGGAUGUUUCAGUUCACGAGGAUGCAACAAGGUGGCCCUUGGAUGCAACAGGAGGGUGCAACAGCCCCCAUAGCCCAGUGAUAACACAUCUGAUGCUCUAUUAUCUAGAGGCAGGAUAGGAAGCUGGAGGAAACUCUGGAAAGACUUGUCCUAUAGCAGCCCCCACACCAUAACAGAUUUGCCAGAAGGGACUUUGAACUACCACAUGGUGGCAGCAUAGGACUCAGCAGGCUGACAAGGAAAUAUCGGCAGACUAAAUGCUUUCUAUUAACCCACUCCACCUUUUGAGGUAAAGGUAAAGGUAAAGGACCCCUGGACGGUAAAGGUAAAGAACCCCUGGGCGGUUAAAUACAGUACAGUUAAAGGAGACUAUGGGGUUGGUGCGCUCAUCUCGCUUUCAGGCCAAGGGAGCCGGCGUUUAUCCGCAGACAGCUUUCCGGGUUAUGUGGCCAGCAGGACUAAACCGCAACACUACCAAAACUAAAACAAAAUAACAAUAAAAGCACACAGUUUUAGCUGUUGAAUAUGUUGGCCAUCGUCCUAAAGACCUGGGUAGACUAAAAUGUUGUUUGAAUGAGCUGUACUGCUUCAGCGUAAUGGUGAGGAGGGAUACCUCUUUUGAAUGCCUCCAAGUUUUUAAAGCUUGCUCCAAGUAGAAAAGGAGCUUUAUUUUAAUGAAAGGGAAUAUUAAAAAGAAAUAAAAUCUGCCAACUGUAGCCUGAAAUGGUAUAAUCUAGAGGUUUUCAACCUUGGCUCCCUUAACCGACUACAUUUUCUUCUGCAGCAACCCUUUGGGGCUCAGGAGCCCAGUUACAUCACCCCUUGCCUGCAGAGCUGCCAGCCUCUCACCCUUUUUAGAACACCCUCCCUUGUGGAGUGUUCCCUCAGCCUCCUCUCCUCUCCCCUCUCCUUGGGAGUCCUCCAGGCAGCUGCAGCUGCAGCCCCUGGUCUCUGAACUGCCCCACCCCUGCCCCAAAGAGAGGUCCCUAUCAGAGGCACCAUUUGCCUGGGGAGCAGCCAGGGCUGCUGCAAUAAACAGCCGUGCAAGCCUUUGGGAGGCAGAAACACAAAAGGGCAUCAGAGAAGGGAGGGAACGAAAGAGGAACAGAGGCCAGUGUUGCCCGCAGCAUCCCUGACCAUCAUUCAGGGCAAAAUGAAAAAAUUAAAUAAAAAAUUCACUGUUGAUACCUCAUUCUCGAAUUGCCCCUCUGAAAUUUACUCGGAGUCGAGAGUCGAUUUCAUGCUCUUUAUUCAGCUCAUAGUGGUGAGGAGGAAUGGAAGUUCCCCCAGAAUGUCUGCCUUUUAUACAUUAUUUACACAAUGGGCCCCACGUGAUUGGCUAAUUCCGGGAUUCUCCUGUGGGCCAAUCAGGUUGUGGAUUCACUUCCACCUGGAGCUGGAUUGGGUGGCUCCUGUGGACCAAUCAGACUGCUGCAUUUUGGAUCCUAUUGUUCUAGGAGCAAUCAGACUGCUGCAUUCUGAAUCCUAUUGUUCUAGGGCCAAUCAGACAGCUGCAUUUUGGAUCCUAUUCAUCUCAGUACAUAACAGAUCCAUUCUACCUAGAGCUGCGUCAGAGUUUUGAAAAUGUGUUUCCUGGCUAUUUAUUGGCUGGAUAAACUCCAACGAAAAACAAUUCUGCAAACUGGAGUUAUUGCAAAAAGGUUCAGCUUGGAUACAUCCUUUGGGGUAACCAGAAAGUGUCUUCAAAUUGCUAUGGGGAUUCUCAACAGGUAUGCUGGAUUGCAAAGAGCAGAAAAGGAAAGAAAUGGCAAUACGGUGUUUGGAAGUACUUUGUCUCGCCAAAGAUCAUUACUGGAAGUGCAUUUUGGAUGCAGGUGAGAUAAGCAGAACAAGAUAUGUUGCUGUCUUUAUGCUAUAGGUCGGGGGGCCCAGAUACUGUUGAACGACAGUUCCAAUAAUCCCUCCUACCACUGGCCUGUCUGGCUAGGGCUGAUGGAGUCCAACAACAACUUGGAGUGCCAGAGGUUCUCCAUUCCUGCUGUAGGUUUUCAUAUAAGUAUCUGUGCACCAGCUACUAAAUGCCCAUAUAAGGUGAUUUCAAGCCUUAUGAGGAACAGUUGAGGGAGUUGGGUAGGUUUGGCCUGGAUAAGAGCAGAUAAUGACAGCCACCUUCAGAUAUCUAAAGGGCUGUCACAUGGAAGAGGGAGCAGGCUUGUCUUCUCCUGUUCUGGAGGCUAAGACCUAAAACCAAUGGCAUCAGGCUACGAGAAAGGACACUCUGACUAAGCAUCAGGAAUAACUUUCUGGUGGUAGGAGCUGUUUGACAGUGAAAUGGACUCCCUUGGAAGGGGUGGAGGUUUUUAAGCAGAGGUUGGAUGGCUAUCUGUCAUUGAUGCUUCAGUUGAGAUUCCUGCAUUGCAGGGGGUUGGACUAGAUGACCCUCGGGAUCCCUUCCAACUCUACUGUUCUACGAUUCUAAUAACAAGGGGGGGAAACAAUAAAAGAGAUUAAUCCAAGCCUGAUGUGAAUGCAUAGGAAGACAUAGUACCUCUUCCUUCCAUCCUUGCCUUUUUAAAGCAAACGGUACACACAGGGUUGGAUCCAGACGAAUGUGGUUCCCACUAAAAAUCAAGUAUCUGUCUGUCUGUCUGUCUGUCUGUCUGUCUGUCUGUCUAUCUCUAUCUAUCAUCUAUUCUUUUUAAGUUUAUACAUUUCACUGAUUUUACAAUCAUUUUGACAUUUCAAAACUUGACUUCCUUCCCCCUCUUUCUGCGGUUCCUUGAAUUUUGUUUUUAAUAUCUUCUGCAUAUCCAAAUGAACUUAAUUUGCUCAUUUACUCAUCUUCUUUAAAUAUAUACUCUUAUAAAACUGCAGGUUAUUACAAUAAUCCUGCCAAUGUUUUCAUCUGUUUAUAAUUUAUCUAGUUCCCACUAAAAAUCAAAGGACUUGAAGCUAUGACAAACUUGCCGCAUUGCUUUCGGUGCUAUACCUAAGCUGCGUUCGGAUGACUUAUUUUUAAACUGUUAUUUAUGCAGCACCAUCCGUUGCAAAUCCCACAAGGAUGUACUCUAGGAAAGUUCUCUGCUUCUUUGCUCCUGGGAGUAGAUCGGCUUUAAAUAAAGCGAACUGUUGGAGGCAGCUCUUAACAUGUUGGAAGCAUCUUCUUCAAAUACAUUUUUAAAUGAAAUUGUGAAAGACUGAAUGUACUCGCUGAAAGAAACCACUGGGGGCAGAAUUCAGCAGAAUUAACAGUAGAUGAUAAUGCCCCAGUUCAUAACUGUAUGGGGGUUGCAGCAUCCUCACUUUUUUUGUAGAUACCAGCCACAUUCAGAUGUAACAGUAAACCAUAGUUUAGUACUGCUCUAUAGUUUUCUCCUCCUCUGGCACAGCCUCCCCUAAAACCUUGCUGCUGGGAGGAGAUUGGCUUGAUGGAUUUAAAAUGGCAUGACAAUGAAUUGAAAAGGGUGUUCAAAAUAACUUCUAGUCAAAAAAAACAAAACAGAAGCUUUUCUUUUGGGAAUUAUAGGGACAGAAUUACCUAAGUUGUAUAGAAAUUUAUUUACAUAUGCUACUACAGCAGCAGGGACACGGGUGGUGCUGUGGGUUAAACCACAGAGCCUAGGACUUGCUGAUCAGAAGGUUGGCGGUUCGAAUCCCCGCGAUGGGGUGAGCUCCCGUUGCUCGGUCCCUGCUCCUGCUAACCUAGCAGUUCGAAAGCACGUCAAAGUGCAAGUAGAUAAAUAGGUACCGCUCCAGCGGGAUGGUAAAUGACGUUUCCGUGCGCUGCUCUGGUUCGCCAGAAGCGGCUUAGUCAUGCUGGCUGCAUGACCCGGAAGCUGUACGCCGGCUCCCUUGGCCAAUAAAGCGCGAUGAGCGCCGCAACCCCAGAGUUGGUCACGACUGGACCUAAUGGUCAGGGGUCCCUUUAUCUUUACCUUUACUACAGCAGCAAGAAUGUUACUGGCCCAAAAGUGGAAAGAAGCAGAAGUCCCAGUAAAGGAAGAAUGGAUACAAAAACUUACGGAAUAUGCAGAAAUGGUGAAACUUACCAGAAAAAUAAGAAAUCAAGAUAACAAACUUUUUUUUAUAAAAGACUGGAAAUGGUUUAUUUAAUAUUUACAGAUAAAUUGCAAACAGAUAAAAACAUUAGCAGGAUUAUUGUAAUAACCUGCAGUUUCACAAGAGUAUAUAUUUACAGUAGAUAAUUAAAUGAGCAAGUUAAAUGAAUUUGGAUAUGCAGAAGAUAUUUUUUUAAAAAAAAUUUUAAGGAACCGCAGAAAGUAGGGAAAGGAAGUCAAUUUUUAAAAUUGUAAAAUUAAUGAAAUGUAUAAACUUGAAAAGUGUAAAUAAAACCUGUAAAAUAUAUAAAUAAAAUGGCAUCUUUAAAAUGAUAUGUUAAUAUUUAAGUUUCAGUAUUUUUUUAGUUUUGGGACCUCACUUGUUUUCCAUUUUUGGGCUAAUGAAACAUGGGCCACAGUAGUGGCAUACAUAAAUAAACUUUUCUGACACAUGGGAAUUUCUAUCUGAAUUAUCCCUAACAAAAAGGACUCUGGGUGUUUGUUUGUUUUUGGAAAAGUUAUUUUAAACAUUUUUUUCAAUUCAUUAUGGAUUAUUUCCCAAUACUCUUUUACCCUUUUACAAGUCCACCACAUGUGAAAGAAUGUGAGGGAUCCCCACAUGAUUUAAAGCCCUCUUUUGUAUUUUCCAUUGAGCAGGAAUCCUCCAUGGGUUUGAGAGUGAGAAGGAUGGUGAGGUUAGGGGUGUGAGGAGCAAAAUGUUCUCAAUCCUACCCUGUCUUGCUCAUGUGUAGGGUUACAUGCACAAGUAGGGCUUUUGUGAUCUUUCAUACAUCCCUUCCCUGCCAACACAUACAGAUUCUCCUAUUCUCUUCUAAACAAGUCAGGAACUUUCAAGUGAUUCACAGGAAGUCGUGUUUGUGAAAGAAAUCUGUAACUGACCCUUCGUUUGCGCUCUGCACUGCAGGUACUAUACCCUCGUUAAUCAACUUGUUAAAAAGUGGCACCAUCUACCUGGAGUGCAUCACUGUGGGAGUUCUGAGUAACAUCUCAAUCCAUGAGUCCAUCGCCAGAGCUUUUGUAGAAGCAGGAGGCAUCACAGUAUUAAUUAAGCUACUGGCAACUCAUGAACCUGAAUUGCUUUCCCGUUGUGCUGUCCUUUUAUAUGAUAUUGCCCAGUUGGAUAACAAUCAGGUUAUAAUUGCUGAACAGGUAAGCCUAACCCUAAAUAAACCAAAACACCUUAGUAUUUUCUUUCAUUCCCUCCUUUUUAAAAUGUACUAUAAUAAUAAAAAAAUGUGUUUGCUUUUACUUCAGGUGUGUUCAAUUUGUAAAAGUAUCCUAAGUUAGAGACCCCCCCUUUCUUCCUUUGAAUCAUAGAACUGUAGACCUGUAAGGGACCCUGAGGAUCAUCUAGGUACAUUGAAACUAAUCUUAAUUGUGCUUAAGGUUCCCAAUAGUAAUGCCAGGAGUCCAGGUUCCCAACUUGAUAACACAGUAAGCGUAGGUAAUUAAAAAGGAGGAUUUAUUGCAAAAACAAACAGAUAGCUUCUAACAGCUCUGAGAAAGCCUCUGGCAUCAUUACUCAAGAUGACCCUUCUGAAGACUUCUUCCGGCGUUGACAGAAGAUAUUGAACUUACGACCCUUAAGUCUCUUGUGUUGCUUCCUAUCUAGCAGCCCUCCCAUUCGCCGACUCUUCAGACUUAGUGGAUCAGCUGCAACCUCUUCCUGUUCUGCGAGGCUGACUCUGAGUCUUUUCGCGCCUAUUUGUACUUCCUGCAAGCUUUGGCUGUGUUCCAGCCUGCUCUCAGCUACUGCCUUAUCAGCCUGCUCGUCAAGGUCAGGAAGAGCCGGUCUGCAGCUGCCGGCUCUCCCCUGCCUGGCUAACAUCUAAGCCCCUCUGUUCCUGGCUGCUAUCUGCAGUUGGCUGCAAACCUUCGUUUGGAGCUGGCUCAUUCCUGACAAGUAACUAGAGUUCUCCUCAGUGGUGGAAGCUGUUCCGACAUUCUGCCGUGAGCCACCACCAUGCUCCCUGGCCCCUUACUUACCGUGGGUGGCACUCUAAGGACUGGGUUGUCAGCUUCUUCCUCCUUAGUCUCAGUGUUGCCUUUGUAGAAUUCAGUGGGGGAAUGGGGUCAAAACCAGAAUUAGUUGGUUCUGCCUGUUUCUGGCUCUGGCUCUGGCUCCACCUUUGGCUGUAUUCCCUGCCUUCUGCCCUACCAGCCCCUAUGAGCACCAGUCUCCUCUGUUCCUAAACCCAGGAUUAGGAACCCACGUCAAGCCAAGAGAUUCAGAUCCCAGGUUAAGAAAAGUACUGGUUAGCCUUAAGAGGGGGUGAAGAUGUAUUUACUAAUUGCGGCUAGAUAAAGAGGGAACAUUCUCAAAGUUGGCUUCUGAUGAACAGAGAACAAGAGUCGUGUCUGCACUAUCGACAGUUUGGUAUAUGUGACUGAAUGGAUCUCGCUGCUUUCUUCAACACUAUUUUUCUUUCUUUCUUUUUCCUGCAGGGUGGAAUUCCUGCGCUUGUCAAUCUGUUGCAGUACAACAUAGAAGACCUGCUUGUGAACGUAAUAAAUUGCAUUCGAGUAAUGUGCAUUAACAACCAUGAGAACCAGUUGAAAGUGAAAGAUGCCAGGGGCAUCGAGCCACUUGUCAACUUCUUGCAGUCAGAUUCAGGUACAGCAAAGGAACAAAAUGCAGAAUCACAAGUGCUGCUAUCCAUACACAGGGGAGUGGGCACAGUGCAUGUUCUCCUGGACCCCCUUUUUGGAGGAGGGCAACAGACCAUCAAAGCUGCAAGGGGUGGAUACUGGGGGUGCAGCAGGGGCAGAUAUAGGGCAGUCCAAUUGGUGCAGUCACACCAGGCCUGCUAAAUGCUUGCCUGGCUUUGGGAAGGAGGUGUGAGGGCUCUGGCAGGUUCCUAGAAUCCUCCUGUGAGCCAGUGUAGUGUAGUGGUUAAGAGCGGUAGACUCGUAAUCUGGUGAACCAGGUUCACUUCCCUGCUCCUCCACAUUAAAUUGCUGGGUGACCUUGGGCUAGUCACACUUCUCUGAAGUCUCUCAGCCUCACUCACCUCACAGAGUGUUUGUUGUGGGGGAGGAAUGGAAAGGAGAUUGUUAGCCGCUUUGAGAUUCCUUAAGGGGAGUGAAAGGUGGGGUAUCAAGUCCAAACACCACCUCCUCCUCCUCUUCUUCUUCCUGCCUCCUUCCCAAAGCUGGACAAGUACUUACCGGACUUAAGAAAGGUGGGAGGAGGGCCCUAGGACCAUGCCAUAACCUCGUGCCUCUUUUCUAAAGCCCAGCUUAAGCCGCUGAAUGGCCUUGCACAGGGCGGCAUAUUACCAAGGUCUGCCCCUGAGCCAUAGCUGUCAACUUACGGAUUUGAAAAUAAGGGACCAGCAGCCUCGAAAAUAAGGGCUCAGCAACCAAAAUAAGGGAUUUUGCUUAGCUUAUGAGUUCCAUUGGCCCUUCCCCACCCAAGAGGGAGGGAGAGAGACUCUCUCCCACGCUGGCAUGAGGCAGUUACAGCGCGGCCUCUGAAGCGCCGCCCUUCUGCAUCCCUCCCCAUCCCCUCCUCUUCCUCCUCCCUCAGGCCAACUCCUCAGCUGCCACUGCUGCCUCCGGCUUCCCCUAGCAGUGCAGCCGAAGAGAGGGGCUUCCUGCCCGCCCGCCACCACCCGUCUCCUCACGACGCACCCCUGAGGGGGGAAAGGGAGAGAUGGAGACGCGGCAGCUCGUGUGCUCUCUCUCGCUCUCUCUCUUGAGGCGGAGAACCCCAAGCCGCUGCUUCCCUCCCAAGCCGGGCGAGCAUGAAACCCCAGAAAUUUAAGGGACAUCAUCAAUCCGGGACAGCAGCGGGACAUGGCGCUGGGAUAAGGGAGUUUCCCGCCAAAUAAGGGACGGUUGACAGCUAUGCCCUGAGCACAGAGAUAGAUCUUCUUAGAGAGGCUGCUUUUUAGGGGAGGGGGCAAAUCAAGGAGGGGUGAGGCCCAAGUAGCAAGUUUGGGUUACACAUGGACAUGGAUUAUGGAUUUACUGGCUCGGUUGAGAGCCUAUAUUGCAGGGAUAAGGAACCUGUGACCUUCCAUAUGCUGUCAGACUACAACUCCCAUCAUCCCUUACCACUGGCCUAUCUGGUUGGGACCGAUGAGAACUCCCCCAUCCCUGCGGUAUUGCUUAACAAACAUUGUCUUAGGUAACAGAAUACUAGAUGUUUAUUACUACAUCAAAUCUCUGAUCUGCAAAUGAAACGAAAAAUAAUAACAGUGAAAACAGUAACAGGGCUGUUAUUUGCUGUGGUCUUACAUGUGGCUGGCUCUUACUGUUUCGUGAUCUUUUUCUGCAUAAAGAUGUGCUGCUGGCUGUGGCUUCGGCAGCGAUUGCAGAACUCGCUCGAGGGAAUUUUAGAAUGCAGAAUGCCAUUGCUGAUGCGCAAGUCAUUGCCCCUCUAGUUGAACUUCUCAGAGGAAGGAAAAUCAGUGUCCAAGUGAAAGGAGCAAUGGCGAUUGAGGCACUCGCUGAAAGGAACACUAACAUCCAGAUGAGAUUUCUAUCCAAGUCUGUGACCAAAUUCCUUUUAAAGCUCCUGAAGGCAAGUAUUUUCCCAUCUUUUCUCUGGGAUUUGUAGAGCAGCUGAGUAGGCUGUUAUCUGACCUCACUGGAUAACUUUGUAGCUUGGUCCUUCUGAGUUCAGCGGAGCUUAUUGAUGAGGAAGUCAGCUUGGGAUUACAUCCUCUGAGACGUUAACGCUUUGAAAUAUAACCAGGAACAUUUUAUUAUUAUUAUUAUUUUGCCCAAUCUGCAGGCUUUUCACCUGAAAGUUAAAGAACAAGGUGCUGCCACACUUUGGGCCCUGGCAGGGCAAACCUUGAAGCAGCAGAAAUACAUGGCAGAACAGAUUGGAUACAACCUUAUUAUCGAUAUGCUGCUAUCACCCUCUGAUAAAAUGCAGUGUGUUGGUAAGUCAACUGCCAGGUGGCUGUUGUGGUUGCUCGAGAGUAACCAGGCAGGACUCCAACCUGUCUUUUACAGGCUUUAUUUUGGUGCAAACUAUUUACAGUGAAGAGCCCCAAAGUUCAUGUCUGGCUCAAUCGCUAGCAGAAUCCGGGAGUGGUCUUUUUUUGGACCACCCCCAACAUAAGAGUUUCGUUACCCCCAACCAUCUCCUCCCCUCUUUGCGCCUCAGACUACUGCGCAGGAUGGGCAAUGGCAAGGGCAUGUUUUCCUCCUGACCGGCUUGCUCAGGAGCGGUGUUAAGGCUCUCACUAGCAUCCUCUGGUCCUUGCACCUCUUCUCCACUGGAGGUGGGUCUUUCCUCCUCCCCGGAAGAGGAACUGCGUCGCAAGAUUUCCGGAGGCUCCCUGUAACACAACUGCCCUUCUAAUUCUCACCUCUGAGCCGAUGGCAGUUCCCUGACAUGACAUCAACCUUUUCCGUUACAUUUCUGAAAGAAAAACUGGGCAUGGGGCUGAAGGUUGCUAAAUGUGUGUUGCUGUGGUUGUUUUGGAAGGAGGUGAGGCCGUCAUAGCUCUUAGCAAGGAGAGCGAAAUUCACCAGAACCAGAUCUGCGAAGGGAACGGAAUUUCCCCUUUGGUUCGGCUGCUAAGGAGUGGAAGGAUAGCAGAGGGCACACUGCUCAGUGUCAUCAGAGCCUUGGGAACCAUUUGUAUUGGUUUGUAGUUCCUUUUCUGUUGUACUUAGGUUAUGUUAUAAGAAAAAACUGCUCCCUUUCCCUUAUGGGGUAUUCCAGAGUCCGUAUAGAGUCCUUGUAGGUUCCCUAUCGGUAGGAGCAAACAACAGAGGCAAACCAGAGCAUAUCUGAGAAGCAAAGCGGCUAGUAAGCCUGAUCUUUAUUGAAGGAAAAAUAAACUGUUGCAACAGGGUCCCCACUCACCACAUACAGGAGGGAGGAGAACCCUGAACAAUGGUGCACAAGCCCUUAUAUAGACCUUUGAAAUCGCCCACCCUAUAGCCCAAGACUACAUCCAAAAACAUCAUACAUACAUCACAGAAGGAGGCGGUCUACAGCAGAAAUCACAGAAGGAGGUGGUCUAUAGCAGAAAUCCUUUCUGCCAGGAUACCUGAUCAUGGUCACUGAUUGCAUUGCCUGGGCAGUCUGGCCAUUCUUUUGUGAUGGUUAAUAAUUUAGCUCCUGACUCCAGGUCACAGGCUCACCUUAUUCAUGCACAAAUACGCCCCUAAGACAGGAUUUGCAAGCAAAACGACAAUGUGGAGGCUUUCCCCAUUUGCCUCCAUUACUGCAGAAGAAUAUUUGAGGUCAUUGGGAGAGUCAAAAUGGCUUCGGGAUUGUUCUCCCAUACUAUUUCAGACACGUGGUUCAUAUAUUUAGAUAUGUGUGCAUUUAUGAAUAUUUAUUCUAUAUUUGAGACCUUAAAAUUCUUCUAACAAUCCCCCGUUUGGGGCUUACUAGCCGCUUUGCUUCUCAAAUAUACUCUGGUUGGCCUCUGUUGUUUCCUUGUACUGAUAGGGAACUCACUUAAGGACUCUGUGCAGGCUCUGGAAUACCCCAUAAGGGAAAGGGAGCAGUUUUUUAUUAUAACAGUUAAAAAUAAUUAAGCAGUUUAGAGCAAUGCAAGAACUUUGGAAGUUGGGUUGUAUACAACUAAGUUCUUCUUAGACUACACCCACUGAAAUUUAAUGGGCCUACACUAGUCAUGUUAAUUAACUUCAGUGGAUCUACUCUAAGUAGGACUGUCAUCGGAUAUAACCCCUAAUACAUUUUUAGUGAUAUAAGUAGUCUUUUCCAUUAACAAAAGGCGCGUGUGGUAUUUGACCAGGGCCUUGAUAAAUCUCCUGGUUUUGCCAGUCUGUAAUUGCAAGAAGGACGCGGGUGGCGCUGUGGGUUAAACCACAGAGCCUAGGGCUUGCCGAUCAGAAGGUUGGUGGUUCGGAUCCCCACGAUGGGGUGAGCUCCCGUUGCUCGGUCCCAGCUCUUGCCAACCUAGCAGUUCGAAAGCAUGUCAAAGUGCAAGUAGAUAAAUAGGUACCGCUCCAGCGGGAAGGUAAACGGCGUUUCCGUGCGCUGCUCUGGUUUGCCAGAAGCAGCUUAGUCAUGCUGGCCACAUGACCUGGAAGCUGUACACCAGCUCCCCUGGCCAAUAAAGUGAGAUGAGCGCCGCAACCCCAGAGUCGGUCACGACUGGGCCUAAUGUUCAGGGGUCCCUUUACCUUUACCUUUUUAAUUGCAAGAAGAGUUUGUCAAGUAGGGAUGGGGGAGAAAUUUGAUUCAGUUGACAUUAGAAGACAAACCUGCCCAAUUCUCAAUUUUUCGCAACAGUAGGUGAACGCGAACACAGACAUCCUUCUAAAUUCACACUUCUCUGAAUUUUGCAAUGCAGUUCUCCAGCAAGGUGAUGGGUACAAAAAUGCAUUUUUACUAGUCUGCAUAAAAAUGCAUAUAUUUGUGAAAACAGCAUGCAAAAAUAAUAGGGGAAAGUGGGUAGCAAAAAAUGUGCAUAUUAGGCAAAGUUGCAUUAAAAUGUGUACAUUGGCUGAAGAAAUUCGCACUAGAUUGCUGAUGAAUUUUCAGGAGGACUUUUUUUUUUCCUAAUCACAAGCAGAUGUGGAAAUGGGGUGAACUGAAUUUAAGAUGGGGAAAACUGGAAAUGGAGACAAACCAAAACUGACUUCCUAGUAACUACCCAGAAGGCCUAGUCAGCCAGCCCAUGGCUGGUGACCAGCAUUUGGCUUGUGCCCCAAGUUUUCAUAAGGACAAUGCUGGUGAGCAGGCAGAAAGCCUCUUUCUACUGCAUAACUAUGCAGAUGUGUGAGCUUUAUGAAACAUGGACCGCUAUCGCUCUCCAACCUAGUUGCUAUCUAUGGGCCAAUACACACAAACAGCCAGCAAGAGGCUACCUUGAAUUGCUUUCGUUGGCAACCACAUAAUUCAGCCUUAAUUGACACUGAAUCACCAACUUAGAGGAAGAAGUCUCCUUCCAUGUCUCUUUUUGGUCCUUAUCUGAUCAGGGCAAAAUAAUAAUAAUAAUAAUAAUAAUAUAUUAUUUAUACCCCGCCCAUCUGGCUGAGUUUCCCCAGCCACUCUGGGCGGUCCAGAUGUGAGGUCACCACACAUUAUUAAUAGAAUUAUCUGCGAACACACACCUCAUAUCUGGACCUAAACUCUAUAAAGCCCACAUUUUAUUUUUAUCUUAUUUCAUUGUUAUUUUUCAUUAACGUAAAAUCAAAAAUGCAAACAAACACAACGUAAGUCAGAGUUACAGCCUCCAUACUGUUUGCUCGUUUUGCAUUUUCCAAAUAUGUAGGGAGCAGAUAAUGUAGAAAAAUAAAAGCAGCAAAACACACAAUGAAAGCCAAAUUUUGCUAUUUUUUGGAGGAAGAGAGGGCUCGUUCACACUUUCUGAUUAUCUUUUCAAUUUUUCCUGUGCUCCUUAUGUGUGGCUCUCUGCCUGACUUGUUGGACCUUCAGGUGAAGCCAACAUAAACAAUCCAGUCAGUCAAGACAACGUAGUAGAUGAAGGAGCCUUGCCAAUAUUGGUCCACUUACUGAAACAUCAUAGUUCUCUUCACAUAAAGGUGGGUUUUAAGUGGUAGCCUUAUUCAGUAUAGAGAUGAACUCCCCCAAAGCAUUUCUUGAGUAGGUUUAAGUGUUGGCAUCUGUCUUUCUUGGAGGACAGUGGGAAAGUGUGCCAUCUGAGGAGAAGUCAAACCGUUGGAGAAUUACAGCGCCUGCUGUGGCUGUAGAAACGUGUUUUGUUGCAGCUGGAGAAGAUGAAGGCAUCUGAUUGUGCUGCUGCAGAUGAACUAUGGUGUUUUUUCUCUCUGCGCUCCCCCAGUAGUCAUUUUCCCUCUGGUUACUGCUGGGGAUAUGUGACCUGUCUAUCUCCAGGCUCUUCGGUUAUCUGCAAGGAAUUUCCAGAUGGUGGGGUUGAUGUUGCCAGCUUUCAUGUCACAUUUGCAAACAUCUUUGUAACACAGAGUUGGUCUGCCAACAGGCCUGGUACCUGAAGCCAGCUCCCCAUAAAGCACAUCCUUAGGGAUAGAACACUUCUUGACAGUGCUAUUUUUCUAGAAAAAGAGGUGCCAGAACUCACCAUAAACUCUCUUAUAAUGGCAAUGGCGCCCAUCUGAGAAGUGCCAGAACUGAGUUCCAUUGAGUUCCAGCAGGGGGGUGGGGAAAGCCCUGAUUCUUGAGUAGGUUUAAGUAGUCCUUUCAGUUCAGCACAUAAUAUAAGCUAAUACAUCUUUGCGCGAUGCUAAAGGGCUUCAACUCAGUCGUGGUGCUUUGCAUGCAAACGCUCCCCGUAGGGUUUGGAAGCACCCUUACCUGAAACCCUGGUGAGAUGCUGCCAGUCCGCGUUGGCAAUGAGGCUCUAGAUAGACCAAGGGUCUGACUUAGUAUAAGGCAGCUUCUUAUUUUCCUAUACAAAGAAACUAGCUGCUGGUCACAGCCAACCAUUUUUGGAAACUGGCACCUAAUUGGUUAGAGUUGUAUGACGCUGACGUUCACAAAAGUAACAUGACUAUAAUAAUUUUGUUUGCUACAUUCCAGUUCCUAAAGACUGGAACGAGAUGUUAUUGUAGACAAGGAGCUGCCAACAGCAACAUCCCCAUAUCUGGCUUGAUAUCCUCACAUCUUCUCUCCCCUAUAAUAUCUAACAUCUCCCCUGUGACCUCUAAUCAUACAGCUCAACCACUAGUGGCACCCAUUUAUGUGGAGCAAGGAUUGGGAGAUUUGCAUUUUGAUGACCAUGUGAUGACCAUUUCACUAGAGGUUAUGGGGAGGUUGUGGGGAGAUGGAGAGAAUUAGGUACUAGGAUGCUGUUUGGGGCAUUGGCUAUUUGGCUGGCAAAAGACUAAUUGCGUGGACAAGGAGGAUACAAUUAGGGGAAGGAGAACUAUGUUUAUCAGUAACUAUAUUUGGAAACCUCAGGGCAAGACAAAAAUCUCCAUUAAGCAUUGUGGAACUGUGAGGUACAGAAAGAGUCCAGUUUGUUAUAUAUUAUGUGCACAUAUUAUAACAACUCUGGAUGAGAUUGUGGCUUUUUAUGGUGUAAAUAUCAUUGCACUGCAGCUACAUGUUACUUAAAGGGAUUGUUCAUUGGGGACUGAGGGAUAGUCAGCAAGCUCUGAAGGACGUUUGGAAUGGGGCUGAAAAUUUGGAAUUGGGCUAAAAAUAAUUGAAUUUAACCAGUGUGUUGAAGAUCACCUAUGAAAUCAGUAAAAAUAUUCUUUAUAUGCAGUGUAUAUGUCUGAAUCCCAUUCUGAACUUUGAUGUGAAUAGGAUAGGAUAUGAUCUAUUAUAUAAAACUGAUAUUUUCUCUCUUUUUUUAACUUUUGCUUUUCCAUCCAACUGAUUGUUUAGGUUGAAGUUGCAUAUUCUUUGGCUUGCAUUGUUCUAAAGAACGAUAACCUGCAGAGUGUCUUGCGAGAGAAGGAAGGCUUUAGUUAUUCUGACGUCCUUGGGCUCCUUUACGCACCAGAGAAGGUACUGGCUUUACUGGAGAACAUCAUAGUGCCUAUUUAAGAGAAAAGAUUAAAUACGCUUCAUGCUGUAAUAAGGCACUGACAUUCUUUCUUUCUUUCUUUCUUUCUUUGUUUCAAUUAACGUCAGUGCCUGAUUACAGGAACGGAUCCUUUCCCCCAAGCUGUGAGCAAAUACUCCUUUCCAUGUACAGAUCUGCUCCCGCCAUUAGAAUGGAAGAGCCAGUGUACACAUACAAGAGAUUAAAGGGACCUCCGAGCUCACAUAUGGAUCAAAUCAGGCUGUUUUGCAAGCACAGCAUGAGAACAGUUGGCGGUUACUUGUUAAUUGCACAGUUACUUGUUAAUUGCACAGAAUCACCUUAGAACUACACCAAAAGCUGGAGGGCCAAUGAGUAUAUUAACUGGCCAAAUGUGAUGCAGCUAGGUAAAUUUUAGAUCCAAACUUGGGUCUCCAGCUGCUUUUGGACUAUAAAUCCCAUCAUCCCUGACCACCUUUCCUGCUAGCUAUGGAUGAUGGUAGCUGUAGUCCAAAAACUGCUGGAGACAGAAGUUUUGAGAAAGCCUUUCCUAGACCCUGGGCUUAACGGUGUGGGGAACAGAGGCUUUACAUGAUUUUGUGUGUGUGUGUGUGUGUUAGUUCAGUUAUGAAGUGCACAAUUAACAAAUAACCUUCACCUAUGCUUUACAACUGCAUCUACAUUCCUGAUACACUUGAGCCACAAACCAUUUUAAAAACCACAACUCUGAGCAUGUGCCAUUAUUAUUCCAAUCUCACUUAAAUCUCACCUGGCAGCUUCAUUAUACACCUUUUAGGCACCAGGCAAAAACAUUCCUCUUUGACCAUGCCUUUGGCUGACUGACAUCCAAUGCCCUUUUAAAAUGUGAGUGUGUGUGGAGGGGGGUGUUGUUGGGGGGUUGUUGUUGUUGUUGAUUGUGUAUUUUGUGUUUUUGUACUGUGAUUUUAUGUUGCAACCACCCUGAGACAUGCGGGUACAGGGCGGUAUACAAAUUUUAAUAAUGAGGUUGUUGUUGAUGAUGAUGAUGAUACAGUGGUACCUCGGGUUACAUACGCUUCAGGUUACAGACGCUUCAGGUUACAGACUCCGCUAACCCAGAAAUAUUACCUCGGGUUAAGAACUUUGCUUCAGGAUGAGAACAGAAAUCGUGCAGCAGCGGCGCAGCGGCAGCAGGAGGCCCCAUUAGCUAAAGUGGUGCUUCAGGUUAAGAACAGUUUCAGGUUAAGAACAGACCUCCAGAAUGAAUUAAGUUCUUAACCUGAGGUACCACUGUACAUUCAUCCUGACCCAUUGUUUCUUAGCAUGGAAUUUCAUGGCCUCAUUUCGCCUCUUCCUUCUCCCUAUCAAACUAGCUACAGACAACACUGACACACUCUAGCCAUAUUCAGGUGUGCUGCAUUUGUAUUAACACGAGUGGGAGCACUGGGGACAAGAGAGCUAGCUCUGCCCACUCCCUGCCAGCACCAGUCAAAUUGCCCUCCGUGAGGGCAAACUUAAGAAGUGGGCAACCUUCUGUGCUUAUGAAGGUUCCCUGUCUAUUUAGGAAUGCUGGAAAUUUAUAGUUCUGCAAUGACCGCUCCCCACAUCAAAUGGGGAGCCUUUUGCGUGGUUGUGCGCAGCCACCCAGAUCCCAGUGCGACUCCUGGUAGUUUGGGCUGGCUUCAUCCUGCCCAGGCUGGAUACCUGAAGGUCUCUGCCUACCUCAGCCAAUCGACCAAUCCCACCUGGGGAGGCGUUGCCAGGGGAUUGGCCAGGUAAGGGGAGGGACCGUCCUGCCCACACAACAGAAGGUGAAUCUUACCUGCGAAGCGGCAGUCGGCUCCAGGGCUUCUCCCCUUUCCAGGAAUGCUGGAAAUUUAUAGUUCUGCAACAUGGGCUUGUCGGUCAGAAGGUCGGCGGUUUGAAUCCCUGCGACGGGGUGAGCUCUUGUUGCUCAGUCCCUGCUCCUGCCAACCUAGCAGUUCGAAAGCACAUCAAAGUGCAAGUAGAUAAAUAGGUACUGCUCCGUCGGGAAGGUAAACGGCGUUUCCGUGUGCUGCUCUGGUUUGCCAGAAGCGGCUUAGUCAUGCUGGCCAUAUGACCCGGAAGCUGUACGCCGGCUCCCUCGGCCAGUAAAGCGAGAUGAGCGCCGCAACCCCAGAAUCGGUCACGACUGGACCUACCUAAUGCUCAGGGGUCCCUUUACCUUUAACAUGCAGAUAGCCUUCACAAACCUCCUCAUUUCAGAAGAUCGCCUUCCAAGGCCUGAAGGGGAAUGGGGGCAGAGUUACCAUGCUUGUCACCACUGUCCCUUCCCUGAUGUGUAAACACAGGUACAGGAUUGCCUGAAGAGCCACCGAGAAACAAACUAGUGAAACCUUAUGCCACAAUAAAUGUGUCGGGUUUAAGGGUGUGCAAGAUUCCAUUCUUCAUACUGCAACAAAUUUACCCAGCCACCCUCUGGAUUUUAUUUUAUUUUAUUUUAUUUUAUUUUAUUUUUUCAAAACAAAAAAAAAUUACAAACAUCAAAUUCAAAAUCCAUAUUCAUUUUCUAACAUAAGUCUAUUACAUAGAUUACCUAAAUUAAAAUAUAUCUAAUUGCUCUGGGCUUCCCUUUGCUAUAUUGUAAAUACAACGCAAUUAACAAAUUAUAUUAUAAAUGAUAUUAUAGGUUCCCCCACUCCGCUUCACCCAUGUGUGAUCUCAAUAUUUUACUUCUUCCAUCUUGUUGUGUUGUUAUAAUUUAAUAAGUAUUCAAUUGAUUCUAUUAUUAUUUUCUUGCUUACCCCUGCACGUUUUACACAUUCUCUAUUAAUAUUUCAAUUCCGGAACCAUGUUUUUUCAUGUAUUCCUUCACUCCAUACCACUCUCUAAUUAUUCUCUGAUUUGAGUGGCCUCUAAUAACUGCCAUCAAUUUUGCCAUUUCUGCAAACUCACAGAGUUUGUUUUGCCAUUCUAAUAGUGAUGGGAUUUUCUCCCCCUUCCAGUUUUUUGCAGUCAAAAUUCUGGCAGCUGCUGUUGCGUAAUUCCACCCUCUGGAAUUGAAUAAUACCACAUGGAAAGUGCACCCCCUAAAUCUGUCCUAAAGGUUCCCCCAAUCCUCUGGGUAGGGUGUGGGGUGCUUGCUUGAGUGAGUGAGUGAGUGAGUGUGUUUGUAUGUCUCCCACUGCACAAGUAGAAAUUCUUGCACAGACAGGACUUGGUAGCUGAAUACCACCCAUGGUUGUGUGUGUGUGUGUGUGUGUGUGUGUGUGUGUGUUUUAUGUACUUUAUAUUUCACAGUCAAUACAAUUAUUUGUUUCUCUGAUUGUUUUAAGGAUAUCUGUUUGCGAGCAGGAAAUGCUAUCGCCCUUUUUGCAUAUAAUAAUCCCAGCCAGCAGUUACUGAUUUUAGAGAGCGGACCAAUAUCUGUGUCUAUAUUUGAACCUUUCCUGGAAUCAGAAGUAGAGACAGACAGAGCAAUGGCUGCCUUUCAGGUACAAAACCAGAGAUCACGCUCAUAGUUCACCCAGAAUGCAUAAGCACGUGUGUGCCAUUUUUGAAAAUGGAGUUUUCCAUAAAGGACUGUUUGAAUGCUAUGCCUGUAUUUUUGCUCAAUUACAAAGGACUCUGCUCAAUCUACUACAUUGGAGAAGGAGAUUUUCAUCUUCUCCCUUUCGGCAGCAGCUUCUGAUCCUUGUGGGUGUUCCAUAAACAUCUGGUUUGCCACUGUGAGAAUAGAGUCCUGGAAGAGAGAUGGAGCAUUUUCCUGAUCUACAAGGGCUCUUCUUAUGUUAGUUUUCUGGUAUAGCUUCCGUUUCUCAAAUCUCUGGAAAAAAUGAAAAGCUUUCAGGUGUCAUAGGUACAACCUGACACCUGCGUAGUACCCAAAAGAGCCUCAUUAGACUACCUGCUACCUCCUCCCAUAUUUCAAGAUUGUCACAAUUAAAGAAAGACUCCAUAGUUUCUAUAUGAGUCAACUUUCCCCUCCUGACUCCUACUCCGUUUACCAUCUAGCCUGGUGAAGAGUUUUGGAGAGCUUGAAAACUUGCAGACUAUUUUGUGACCUCUUCAUUGGCCUAAUAAAGGUAUAUGUAACGUGAAUUUUGGAUUUUUUUCUUAAAGGCCACCAUGGCUAUUUUUGCUUUUUCUGUUAUCAAUGACUUGUGUCAACGUAGCCUGUCCAUUUGUUCCUUCAACCAUUCAUCUAUUGUGAAGAGUCAUUUUUGCCCGAGAGGUUCAAGGCAUUGCUUGGGAACCUGUGAUCUCAACAUUUUUAAAGUUGUGCCCGAUGUCUCAAUCUGUGCCCACUUCAAAUACUUCUGCUAUUGUUACUUCAUCGGUUGCAGUUUCAUAUUUUUAGUCUGCAGAGAAACCUAUAUACACUAACAGGAGCAUAUGUACAUAAACACAAUAGCAUAUCUUUGUAAAAUAUAAAGAAUAUAGGAAAAUUGCAAGCAAGAAUUUUUUUAAAGAAUUGGGUUGAAAUAUGGAAAAAGGUAUCGUGUUUUUACUUGCAAAAUGUGUACGCAUGUCUUAAUUUCUUGUGUAAAUUAUCCCAUGUAUGUCUGCAUAUGUUUGCAUCAUAGACUAAUAAAUGCUUCUGCAAACUCAGAAGUGUAAGGGCUGAGAUUUUGUGCUUUGUCUCCAUCCGCAGGUAACACAAACAUUUUCUCUUCCAUUCCUUUGAUUGUGUAGCCAUAAACUACAUUCUCCUUAAAAUAUGCUUGCUUUGUACUAGGACAAAAAAUAAUAAUAACAAUUUUUGCUAGAAGCAGGAAAUGCAGAGAAAUGAGGGGGGGAAGUGUGAGGCCUGAUUAAUAUAUUAAUGCAUUGUGUAAAAAUGUUUCUUUUGUUUCAGAUAGUUAUACUAGCCAGAAUUAUAGUUGAUAAGGAUAAAGUCAGUCUGUCUGCAAAAGGAGUUUCUAUUUUGGUUGACCUGCUAUGUUCGGAAAAGACAGCGACUCUUGUGUUAAUAGGCAAGUAAUGAUGCAAAGAAAAGCACUGUUUUUCAAGGCAGCAUGCUUAUACAACACUGAAAUAGUGCAAAAUCUUAAAAUAGUAGGAUGUGAUUGUUGAUAUGCCUUGUCUUGGUUUCUAUUAUUCUCUAGAGGCAGGUGUUUAUUCUGUCAAGACUAUUAUUAUUAUUAUUAUUAUUAUUAUUAUUGCUAUGCCACCUAUCUGACUGGGUUGCCCCAGCCGACAAUACAGCAAAGGUUCUUGCUUCAUUUAAAUUACUGUAUUUUUCGCUCCAUAAGAUGCACCUGACCAUAAGACGCACCUAGUUUUUAGAGGAGGAAAACAAGAAAAAAAAUAUUCUGAACAAAACAGUGGAUGUAUGACUUUUGUGGUUCAUGCUGUGGCCACAGACAUGAUAUGUGAUUUGACAGUGAGUUUGGGGUGGCCCAAUGCAAAAAUCCUGAGGAUCCAUGUGCUUUUACCUCCCCCCUCCCAGGCAGCCUCCUUUAUCGCUAGAGUCCCUUAUCUCCCUCCAAUCGUUUGCCAAUCAGCUGCUCAGUGGCUUCAUUUCAACACCCCCUUUCCUCUUUCUAUUAAAAAAAAAGCACAAUCUGCUUUUCUCCCCUGGGCAAUUCGGCUCCAGGGACCACACAUUCACUCCAUAAGAUGCACAGACAUUUCCCAUUACUUUUUAGGAGGAAAAAAGUGUGUCUUAUGGAGCGAAAAAUACAGUAAUUGCACAUUGGAGCACACAUUUUACCUAAAGCCAUAAGUGUCAAUAUGUUCCAAGAGUGCAGUAAAAAGAAUACUGAAAAGUGUGGCUAUAGAAAUUGUACUGGGGUUCUUGAAAUGUUUCAGAAAUGGACACCUGCCUGCUGAAGUUAAUUGCACCAAAACACUUUUUUGUAUAAUUUUAGCUCAAUUUACUAGUAACAUUUAAUCUCAGUUAUUUAUUUCUCUAUAGGGAAGCUAUUGGCUAGUUUGGCUCACACAAGAGCAGGUAUUCCAGAAGCAAUUACAUGCUUAGGAACUGUCCAGCGUCUUUGUUAUCAUUUAUACGCAAAGGAAGAAGAGGUACAGCUAUUUUAUUUUUGCAGUCCCCCCCCCCCCACAUUUGAUCCAUUCAGUCUAACUUUCUAAUGCAGCUAAACUGGUGAAAUAUAAAACAGCAUGAAAAUAAGCAAUGUGGACCCUUUAAUAGUAUCAAAAUAUCAUCACCUCCUUUUACCCUGAGAUUAUUAAUCCAAAAUGAAUGCCAUAUACAGUAUUGGUUUUUCAAUAAUGCACAUUGGAAGCCAUAUUUUGCCAAUAUGCGUACAUUAGACGGGUGGCAGUGAUGGUGGCGGAAACCCAACUUUUAAAGCCAUUAUUUAGCCACUCUGCGUUAAUUUCAUAAAAACAAGAAAUAAUUAAUGGGAAAGGGUGGAGGUUUUUUUUGUAUAUAUGCUCUCAGGGUGCUUCCAGACUGUUGCUAUUUUGGAUUGAUAUUCAGUCACAUAGUAGCAAAUUCAGAUUGCUCAAUUAAAGACCAACUUUUUUGUAACAUGUUUUUUUAAGAAAACAGAGAUCCAGGGGAGAUCAUGGACUUGACAGGCUGGUUGUAUUGCCGUCUUUUCCUGGAAAAUUGGUGAAAACGCUGGUGUAAAUACAACAACCAUAAAUUGUAAUUAAAACAUCAAUUUAUCACUGCAAUUUAUAAAUUUAUCAAUUUAUAAAAUAUCACUGCAGCAGGAACUGUUCAAUGAUUAAUUGUUCAUUUAAAAUAUAUCACCUCCCUCAGUUGGAUGGACCCUUGCGGAGGAGCAAGCUGGAUUUAGGCAAGGUAGAUCACUAGCAUAGAUCACUGUUUUGUCUUAGCACACCUUAUUGACAAAUACGCCAAGAAAACCUGUGGGGUCUUAUAUGCAGCCUUCAUUGAUUUGAAGGCUGCCUUUGAUUCAAUUUCAUGAGUAAGACUCUGGGCCAAAUUGAAUACAUCCAGUAUAGAUAAAAGAUUAUUAUUUUUGAUUAAUGGCCUAUAUAAAGAUACUGUGUUGUAUGUAAGAUCCUCCACAAAUGGUCAACUCAUAGGCCCUGUACCAGCCACCAAGGCGGUUAAGCAAGGCUGCAUUUUAGCCCCAGCUCUUUUUAACCUAUAUCACCUCUCACCAUCACUUUAAGUAGAAAACAGGUACUAUGGAAGGUGGACCUCCCAGACACCAUGGUAGACAAUACAAGAACAGACCAGAUCCCACAUGGAUCACACAUUCCAGGGUGUGGCGUGCAAGUCUUUUGAUGCAGUAAACAGGGAUCUGGAAGGUCUGAAUUCCCAUCACUUUAAUUGACUGAAUAUAAUAAUUUACCAAGGGUAGCUAGAAACCUACAAGGGACUCAGCUACAUUAGUCAAAAAAAUUAUUAGAUUUUCUAAUUUAAUAAUCCAAUCAAAUCUCGUUAAAUAUUCCAAAUUAUACAUCUACAUAUCAAAUAGUUCAAAUUUUCUGCCGAAUUAUAAACUUUCUGUGAUGUGACAAGUUCUACUUUUGAGAGAGAACUCUCCAUUUUAAUUUCUCUUUCUUUCUCUGUGUUUUUAUUUAGAUGAGUUUCUUUUAUUGAAUAUAUAUAUAUAUAUAUAUGCUUUAAUAAAAUCCUUCAGGGAAAAGACACCUGAAAGUGAGGUUCUUUUUUCAGGUUCGUACAUCUAUGGCAUGUGCUCUGGGAUAUUUAACAUUCAACCGAACUGCAUAUCGCCAUUUGCUAGUACAAUGUAGGAAUAAGCCCAAGUUGUUCAAGAGGCUAAUACUGAACCUUAGCAAGGAUGCAAGAAUAAAUUCAGACUUUGUGAGAGAAUUUAAGAGGCAAAAAAGAGUUGGGCUUCCAGCUCUCAGGUAACAAUUAGCAACCUUUCAAUUAUCUUAUGGUUUGUUUGUUUGUUUGUUUGUUUGUUUGUUUGUUUUUUAAGGUUUUGAGUCCCUCACUUUUCACGUACUGAAAAUCUUACUGAUUUCUAUUGAGUACCCCAUGCAAAUAUCGAUCAAAAUAUCAGUUGACUUCAGGGUAACAUUGAUUCUGCAAAUACCCCCUUUUGGGGGACAGUGGUGGAGAGGGUUUUGGUGGAGCAGCUGCAAGCAUUAUUGAAUGACACAGAUUAUUGGGAUCAAUUUCAAUCUGGGUUCAGGCAUGGACACAGGACUAAGUAGCCUUGGUCCCCAUGGUCUCUUUGCAGAGCAGGACAGGCAGAAUGCAACCUGCUCCUUGAUUUCUCAUGAGUUGUUGCAAUUCUCUUUUAAAUCCAUUCAGUUUCUAUUGAUGCUCUUAAUUAUGUUUUUAUGGACACUUGCUGAGUUUGUUUUUAUAUUCCACCUUACUGUUAUUGUUUUUUAAUGACAGUGCAGCUUAUAAAUUCAUAAAUAAUUUUUUUGAGUAAUCUCCAAAACCUUCAGGGAGUUUUAUAUUCAGUUGUAUAGAGACUUGUUCCCAAAGCAAUUUUUUUGUGUGAAGGGUUAUUUCCUUCACAAAGUUCUCUAACUGAGAGGUAUAGAUCACCAAUAUUUGGAUGUUUUAGCUUUAUUUCUAUCUCACUGGACACCCUCGAUGGUGAAGUUUUGUGAAAAUCUGUUGAAGAACAACAUCCCCCCCCCCCAGAAAUAGGGGGGGGGGAGCUUUGUCCCGUAAAACGAAAGCAUUUUUUAAUUUCCCAGUACUACCACAGAAAAAAUCAUAAACACAACAGCGUGUUUCUAGUUUGUGUGGAAGGCGAUUACAGUCUAGCGCCACAAUUACAUAUCAUGAUAUAAAUAGGAAAUGGCUGUUAUAUAACAAGCCGUGCAUAAGAUUUCUUCUUUUUCUCCUGAGGUUAAGGACCGGUGCCUAGCUUAGGGGUGAGGAACCUGUGGCCCUCCAGAUGUUGUUGGACUACAACUCCCAUCAUCCCUAGCUAGCAGGACCAGUGGUCAGGGAUGAUGGGAAUUGUAGUCCAAAAACAGCUGGAGCUUCAAGUUUGGGAAACCCUGGUCUAGAUCCUUAAUACAUUCCCCAGCAAGAAACUCAUUUCAGUAAGCAAAGUUUCUGCCGUCCCAGCUCUUUGGAAAUGAGAGUUGAGGUUCAAAACAACCUUCCGCAUUUAAUUGUUUAAAUGCCUAUUGCUUAAUUGGAACACAGAUCCUUUGUUGUCCUCGCUUCUUGUCGUUAUAUGUCAAGACUACUACUAACAUUCUGCCUUUUUAAUUUUCAGUUUGGAGAUAAACGGAGGGCCACCUGCAGUUCCUGUACACAUACGAGGUAAUUUAUUCAGAAAUAACUCUUGUUGGCUAGACAGCUCUGCCCUUUUAGCUCAGCUAUAUACCGUAUUUUUCGCUCUAUAGGACGCACCGGACCACAAGACGCACCUAGUUUUUAGAGGGGGAAAUCAAUUUUAAAAAUAUUAAAGAGGAAGCAAAGACAGCCAGCGGGAUGGAUCCCGCUCGCUGUUUUGGCUUCUUUAGCUGUGCGCAGCUUCUCCGGCCGGGAGAGGCUGCGUGCGGCUAUGGCAAUUCCCCCACCUCCCGCAAAAGCCCACAGGAGCUGCGCACCCUUUCAGGAGCACAUGGCUCCUGCGGGCUUUUCUACGAGGAGGGAGAAGGGACUGACUGGCCGUGUCAGUCCCUUCUCCCUCCUGGGGAAAAGCCCGUAAGAGCCACACGGAGCUUGUGUGUGGCUCUUGGGGGCUUUUCCUGCCUGCCUCCCCCCUGCAUUCGCUCCAUAAGCUGCACACACAUUUCCCCUUACUUUUUACGGUAAUAUACAGUAUUAUGACAAAUGAAGGAAGUUCUGAAUUACCCAUAAAGAGCAAAGUGCAUGAGAAGCCGAGCAUGUUAAAUCUCACUGUAUGUGUGGCGGGGGGCUGCUGAUAUCUAUUAGCUCAUCAAAUACAUAAAAUAAAAGUUUGAUUAUAUCGGGACAGAAUCCAGAGAAUUGAGGGGCCCAUUCUGCCAUCCAGUGGCAAUCCCUCACACUUCACAAGCUGUUGUUCUGAGGGAAUCUUUAGACAUUACGUGAAGGGGACAGACACAUUACCUGCGUGUAGACCAGACUUCAGGUGUGUCAGAUUUUCUUUGUUUUUUCUUUAGAAACACAAGUUCUACCAAACCGAGGCAGAUGCAAAAAGCCAUUAAAGAACUGGGUGCAGUAUGCCUGGGCUGUAUCUCAAUCCAAACAGUGUGUCUAAAGUAGUGUUUCCCAAACCUGGGUUUCCAGCUGUAUUGGGGGGGACUACAACUCCCAUCAUCCCUAGCUAGCAAGACCAGCAGUCAGGGAUGAUGGGAAUUGUAGUCCGAAAACAGCUGGAGACCCAAGUUUGGUCUAAAGCAAAGCAGUUAUUUUUUUGCAAGUGAGGGGCAGUUUUUGUAUGGCAAGGGUGCCAACUGCUCAGAGGGGGAAAGACAAACAAACGCUUUACUUAUGUAAGCUUAAGAAUCCCUCUGUUCCGUGGGCUGUUAGGCUGCUGAACGGAAAAUAACAUAGUGCAACUGACUUUCGGGGUUGGUGUGUUUCGCGACAAGCACACAGAGUGCAAUGAGAUUGAGUGUUGGGCGGGGGGAAGGUACACAGGUUGUACAUUGACAAUAAAGGUAUUAUUAUUAUUAUUAUUAUUAUUAUUAUUAUUAUUAUUUAUUAUACUUGCCAGUGCAUAACAAGGGUGCCAACGAAUAAAAUAUUGGAGGGUCCCAGGUAAGCCCUGUGCCCCACAAAAUUGACCACAAGACGGGGGCACACAUACCAUUUGAGUGGCAACGGCCAUCAACCAUCAACCAGGUGUUGGGAAAACGCCCGGGAAGGCCCCCAACUUCCCAAGACUCCGGGGCGUCUCUCUGGUGGUCCUCCCUGGCUAUAAAUUUCCCUCAGUCCAGAGCCCCGCGUCCCAGCAACUGGCCACAUUCCGUUUCCACACGCCACAACUUCGGACCUCAUUCAAGUUUCGAGACCGAGAAUUGUCAAUGUCUCCGCGCUCCUCAGCAACUUGUCGGGAAAGAAAGCUUGACUUUAGUGCCUGCACUGGGGCAGCAACGAAAACAGUAAUGUCUCUGCUAAUACCUUUCAGAUAAUUAGGGUAAAUAGUACUGCUCUGUCCGUAACAGAUUUGCACAAUGAAAGUUUGUCUAUUAAUAAUGCAAAAAAAUAAAAUAAUUGCUGCUGUGGUAGAGAAUAAAAAGGCUGGCAAUUGACUGUAAGCAUUCGUGUCAAUAAAAUUUCCCUCAGUCCAGAGAGACCGGUGAUAAGCGACCCCUCCCUCCUGAGAGGAGCACACUCAUCUUCUGGCAUGUCAUAGCAGAAGAAAGAGUCAAUCAGUAGCUCUAAACUACUUUAUUUUACAGUCUAUAUACAGAGACUUCAUCAGCAUGUCUGUGCUCUCUCAGCACCAGUACAGAACAGCAUCACAAACAGAAAUGAAACUAACUCCAACAGUACUGAGACUUCCUGUCUCGCUCUCUCUCAGACACUCACAUGAUAUACACAAAACUCAGGAACUUUCUACCAUAUGUGGUGGAUAUGUAGGAAAAUACAGGUAUUCUGGGAGAGUAUCCAUGCAGAACUGCAAAAAAUGCUGAAGAACUCUUUCAAUAAAAAACCAGAGGCCUACCUCCUGGGAAUAACUGAUUUUGAUAUUCCGCAAAAGAGGAAGGGUAUCUUUUUAUAUGCAACGGCAGCAGCAAGAGUUCUGAUUGCUGCAAAAUGGAAGAGUAAUGAAAUCCCCUCUAUACAAGAUUGGAUCCAAAAGCUAACUGAAUAUGCCGAAUUAGAUGCUCUAUCAGAAAAAAUAAAGAAUAAAUCAAAACAGGAAUUAGUUUCAAAAUGGGAGGUUUUCAAAGAAUAUCUGAAAAAUAAAUAUACUACAGUGGUGCCUCGCAAGACGAAAUUAAUUCGUUCCGCAAGUCUCUUCGUCUUGCGAGUUUUUCGUCUUGCGAUGCACGGUUUCCCAUAGGAAUGCAUUGAAAAUCAAUUAAUGCGUUCCUAGGAAGCCGCCUUCAGACCAGGUCCGGGGACAGACUGUCCCCGGACCUCUUCUGAAGGCUGGGGGGAGCAAGGGCUUUCUUCCCACCCCCAGCAUUUUAAAAACCCGGGACAGCGGAGGACUUCUCCGCUGUCCGGGCGAUCUUAAAAUGCUGGCGGGCGGCAUUUAAAAUCACCCCGGGACAGCGGAGGACUUCUCCGCUGUCCGGGGCAAUUCAAAGCCCCUGGGAAGGCAGGCAGGGGGACAAAGACUUUUGCCCCCGCCAGCCUUCAGAAGAGGUCCUGGACCUCUUCUGAAGGCGGGCGGGCGAGAGUCUUGCUCCCCCGCCUUCAAAAGCCCUCCGGGACAGGCAGGCAGGGGAGCAAAGACUUUCGCCCCCGCCCGCCUUCAGAAGGUCUUCCCUCCCCCCGCCCGGCCGGAGCACCGUUCCGAAGCCGGGCGGCGGCGGAGGUCUUCCCUCCCCGCCCGGCCGGGCACCGUUCCGAAGCCGGGCGGCGGCGGAGGUCUUCCCUCCCACCGCCCGGCCGGGCACCGUUCCGAAGCCGGGCAGGGCGGAGGUCUUCCCUCCCCCCGCCCGGCCGGGCACCGUUCCGAGCCGGGCGGCAGCGGCAGGUGUUCCCUCCCCCCGCCCGGCCGGGCACCGUUCCGAAGCCGGGCGGCGGCGGCUAGGUGUUCCCUCCCCCCGCCCGGCCGGAGGAGCCUUCCGAAGCCCGGCGGCGGCGGGAGGAGGUGUCCCCGCCCCGCCGCCAGGCUUCGGAGGAGGUCCGAGGACAGUGGGGAAGACGCGCUGCGCUUCCCCGCUGUCCCUGAGAUUUCCCUAUGGGCUGUCGUCUUGCGAAGCAAGCCCAUAGGGAAAUUCGUUUUGCGAAGCGCCUCCAAAACGGAAAACCCUUUCGUCUAGCGGGUUUUCCGUCUUGCGAGGCGUUCGUCUUGCGGGGUACCACUGUAGUUUAAAUUCUGCUGCAGCAUUCGAGGAACUUCAGUAAUAGUUGCAAGGUAGAUAUACAAAAUUAGAUAUAUUAAGAAUAAGUUUAAUUAUGAUAAAAGUGUGUAUUGGCAAUAAGUAUUAUGAAAUCGAAAUAUGGAAUAGAUGGGAGGUCGGGUCUUUAGUGUUAAGACCAAUAUAUGUUAUAUUGUUUGCUAAGAAAAUUAUGUUUAUAGUACUGGUAUACACACACACACACACACACACACACACACACAUAGUGCUACUGCUGGAGCAGCACAAAUGGAUAAAAACCCUAACACUGGGAGGGGGAAAAGUGUGACCCCCUCAAAUAUUCUAGGAGUCAGCUCCUCCGGCGCAUAAGAAAGCAAUGUUUUCAUUUUGCAGACAAAUCCCAGACUAGUGGCGUCAAGAUAUACAAAACAAAGUGUCGUCCAAAGGAUUCCCUCUUCUUGGUGCCCACGGCGACUCACCUGAUGGGAAGGUUCAAAACACCGGAAAAGCCCCGCGUCCCAGUAUCCGGCCACAUUCCGUUUCCACACGCCACAACAUCGGACCUCAUUCAAGUUUCGAGACCGAGAAUUGUCAACGUCUCCGCGCUCCUCAGCAACUUGUCGGGAAAGAAAUCUUGA